AUCAGUCUUGCUUGAGACUUGGAGUGAACUGGAAGUGUUUCCCUCUAGUUUGUAGUGGAGUGGCCGUAAAGUAAAAAAAAGGAAGAAAAAAAGCAAAGCGCUGCAGAGCCUUGGGCAGAGCAAGAGCACCUAGUUGGCUAGAGUUGGAAGCUCCCUUGGACAGGGUGUGGAAAACAGUGAGCAACAUUUGGCUGUAAGCAAACCGACACAAAGUGCAAAGGUGUGCGCGGGAUUUGAUGCUGUACGAAAGUAUAUGAUCAAGCUGUGAAUCGUGUUGAAAGUGUAAUAAGCGUGAUUUUUUGAAAGCCUAUUCGCGGUGAAAAUAAAAUUGGUGCGAGAUUUCUUAGAAUCUUACAAAACAGUGUAUUUUCUUCACCGUGUUGCGGUGUUGGAUAAAGCGAAAGGAAAAGAUUUUUGUCUGUGCUCGUUACAAUCCAGUGCAGCAAAGGUGCACGAUUCUGAAUAAAACAGCAAGUGAAGCUUAGUGUCAAAGUGGUGCGCGCGAUACAGCGUUGUAACGCAGGUUGAUAGUAAAGCGUUAGCGCUUGGGUUAAAACAGCUCGAAAGCGCUGCGGUGCCGUAUUGGAAAGUUGGAACAUAUCGCUGUCGAUCGCGAUCGGAUUGCUUUUGCGGAUACUGUGCCGUUUUACUGUGGAUACAAUAUCGCUGCUGACUGUUGAGCAACCGCAGUAAAUCGUUUCGUGACCAGAGGAGCAACGAAUCAAACCGAAUCUUCUCCUUUCCGGUUGCCUUCGUUGACGGCAACAAGCAGCCAUGGUGAAAAAUGAUGCAAACGCUUAGGAAACAUUCAUCAAUAUUGGCAAAAAUGAAAAUAUUUUUGCCACUAGUGGUGUGGAUAAUUCUUCUGUUUCGAACGACAAACGCACAACUCUCAGCGUCGCGUAAGCACGUGGGAAUCUUUGGUCUGAAACACGAAGUGUUUUUUCUCAACCUUGAAGAUGGCUACUUCGGUUGCCAGGUCAACGAAUCGACAGACUAUCUGCAGCUGUACGAGCUGUCCAAACUUUGUGAUGGUACAUCGGAUUGCUACAUGGGCUCCGAUGAACUUAGAAAUAAGUUAAAGUGUACAAAUGAUUGUGAUAAAGAUGGCACCGCUUGCUCGAAUGGAGUGUGCUUAGACGGCCAAUGCCACUGCAAUGAUGGUUUUGGUGGUUGUAACUGCCAAGUUCCGGAUGAAAACGAAUGUAAAUAUCGACCCUGUGACGUUUUCGCCCAUUGUACAAACACCCUCGGCAGCUUCACCUGUACGUGCUUUCCUGGCUAUCAAGGCGACGGUCUUCAUUGUGAAGAUAUCGACGAGUGUCAGGAUCCAAACAUCGCACAGCGGUGUGUUGAGAAUGCCGAAUGUUGCAACCUACCAGCUCACUUUGUGUGCAAAUGCAAACCCGGCUUCGAAGGCGACGGUGAAGAGCGAUGUGCAGAUAUCAAUGAAUGCUUGGAUCCGCAAGCGUGUGGCCUGAACGCGGAAUGCGUCAACCUGCCCGGCAACUACACCUGCCAGUGCAGGGAGGGCUACUACGGCGAUCCGUACAACGGGUGCGUCGAUGUGGAUGAGUGCGUUCAGCCCGGCGUUUGCGGACCAGGUGCCAUAUGUACGAACCUUGAGGGUGGUUAUCGCUGCGACUGCCCGCAAGGAUUCGAUGGAGAUGCACGCUCGGCUCAGGGAUGUUUGGAUUACGAUGAGUGCGCACGUUCACCGUGCGGCCGGAAUGCGCUUUGCCGCAAUGAGGUGGGCAGCUUCCGGUGCGAAUGUCAACAGGGCUUUUCAGGCGAUCCGAUGACGGACUGUCAAGACGUGGACGAGUGUUCCGGUAAUCCGUGCGCGGAGGGUGCGAUUUGCAUUAACACGCCCGGCGGCUACCGGUGCAAAUGUCCGCCCGGAUUGGUGGCCUCGGACGACGGUCAGUGCACGGACGUCAACGAAUGUGCGAAGGCGCAUGCUUGCGGUGAAAAUGCCAAGUGCAUCAACUUUCCCGGAUCCUACAAAUGCUUGUGUCCGCAGGGAUACGAGGGACGCGGUGAAUUGUUCUGCAAAAAUGUAAACGAAUGCCUUGAUAAUCCAUGCGGGGAAAAUGCGCUAUGCACGGACACGGUGGGAAGCUUUAUCUGCUCAUGCAAACCAGAAUACACCGGCGACCCGUUCCGGGGCUGCGUCGAUAUAGACGAGUGCAGCGCGUACGAGAAGCCGUGCGGCGAGCACGCGAUCUGCGAGAACGCGUCGCCCGGGUACAACUGUCUCUGCCCGCAAGGGUACGUGGGUCGGCCGAACGCGAAAGUGGCCUGCGAACAGGCGGACGUGAACGUGCUGUGCACGACCGCCUUCGACUGCACCAACAAUGCGGAGUGCAUCGAGGGUCAGUGCUUCUGUCAGGACGGGUUCGAGCCGCAGGGCUCGGUGUGUGUCGACGUGGAUGAGUGUCGAAGUGGCGCGGGGGGCUUGCGCAAGGAGCCCGCCUGCGGACCGUCGGCGGUGUGCGUGAACACGCCCGGCUCGUACCGGUGCGAGUGUGAGGCGGGCUUCAUCGGAACGCCGCCCCGAGUGCCGUGCAAACCGCCCUGUGCGGACGUGAAGUGUGGUAAGAACGCGUACUGCAAGGCGGAGGGCCAGGAAGCGUUCUGCAUCUGCGAGGAGGGGUGGACGUUCAACCCGGCCGACAUUGGGGCCGGCUGCGUCGACAUUGACGAGUGUGAUCCGGCCCAGGGUCCGAACGGGCGGUGCGGCUUGAACGCAGUCUGCACGAACCACCCGGGCAGCUACAGCUGUACCUGCCCGCCCGGGUAUACGGGCGAUGCGACACGCCAGUGCCAGGAUGUGGACGAGUGUGCCCGCCCCGGUGCGUGCGGCACGAACGCGCUCUGCAAGAACCUCGACGGAUCGCAUCAGUGCAGCUGUCCGGCGGGCUCGAUUGCCGAUCCGGAUCCGAGUGUGCGGUGUAUCAGUGUGGUUGCCUGUGCGAAGGACGCGGACUGUCCGGGCAAUGCGGUGUGCGAUCGGCAGAAGCGCUGUCUGUGUCCGGAGCCGAACGUUGGCAAUGACUGUCGCCAUCCGUGCGAGAAGGUGACCUGUGGGCCGAACGCGCACUGUAUGCUGGUGCCGGGCGGAGGCGCCCAAUGUCUGUGCAGUGAGGGUUUCACCGGCCAACCGGGUCAGUGCGUGGACAUCAACGAGUGUGGAGCCAACCCGUGUCCGAGUGGAGCGGUGUGUACGAAUCUCCCCGGCGGUUACACCUGUCAGUGUCCGGGCGGAAGCUCGGGCGAUCCGUACUCGGGCGGCUGCUCCAAGUCCGCCCUGAACGCGUGUGGCGAGAGCAACCCCUGCCCGGCGGGGGAGAAGUGUGUGCAGGACGCGUACAGCGGCAAUAGUGUGUGCAUCUGCGGGCAGGGCUACAAGCGCGACUCGAAGGGGCGCUGUCGCGAUGUGGACGAGUGUGCGGACGACAGCGGCAAGACGGCGUGCGGUGUGAACGCGUUCUGCAAAAACCUGCCCGGCAGCUACGAGUGCCGGUGUCCGGCCGGGUUCAAUGGCAAUCCGUACCAGUCGUGCGACGAGUGCCACAGUGCGGAGUGUCGCUGUGCAGCGCCGUACAAGCUGAUGGAGGGCAACUGCGUGCUGGACAGCUGCUCGCCGGACGGCAAGUGUCCGGGCGGCGCGGAAUGCAUCACGAUUACGGGCGGCGUUAGCUACUGCGCCUGCCCGAAAGGGUUCCGCACGCUAGCGAACGGCCACUGCGAGGACAUUGACGAGUGUGGCGAGGGGCAGCAGGUGUGCGGGUACGACGCGAUCUGUCUGAACACGAUCGGUGGCUUCGAGUGCAAGUGCCCGCUCGGCUACUCGGGCGAUCCGUACCAUGGGCUGUGCACGCUGGCGCAAAAGCGGUGCGCCUCGGACCGGGAGUGCGGUGCGAACGAGCGGUGCGUCCAGCCGGGCGAGUGUGUCUGCCCGCCGCCGUACUAUAUGGACGCGUACGAUGGCAACCGGUGCAAGAGCCCGUGCGAGCGGUUCCCGUGCGGCAUGAAUGCGCGCUGCACGCCGUCCGAUCCGCCCCAGUGCAUGUGCGAGGUCGGGUUCAAGGGCGACCCGCUGACCGGCUGUAUCGACGAGGACGAGUGUGCCAACAGUCCGUGCGCGUACGGUGCGCAGUGCGUGAACCAGCGUGGCGGCUACAAGUGCGUCUGCCCGGCCGGGAUGGUGGGUGACGCGUACAAGGGCGGCUGCAUACUGGAGCAGGGCGCGGUCAAGAGCCAGUGCCGGCGGAACGAGGACUGCGCGGAUACGCUGGCCUGCGAGCGGGGCACUUGCGUGAGUCCGUGCGCGAGCCUGCUGUGCGGACCGAACGCGUUCUGCGAACCGGAGAAGCAUGCGGCCUGGUGCCGGUGUCGGGCCGGUUUCGUCGAGGGCCCGGGUGGAGACUGUGUAUCACAAUGCGAAGGGUACAUGUGUGGCCAGGGAGCGAUGUGCAUUGUUUCCAACACCGGACCGACCUGCAAAUGUCCGCCGGGAGAGAUGGGAAACCCGUUCCCGGGCGGUGCCUGCACCACGGACCAAUGCUCCACCAGCAGACCGUGUGCAGAUCCGCAGGUUUGCAUUAACGGACGCUGCAAGCACAAGUGCGACGGGGUGAUCUGUGGCAUCGGAGCCACCUGCGACGCUGCCAGCGGGAAAUGCAUAUGCGAGCCGUACUUCGUCGGCAAUCCGGAGCUGAUUUGCAUGCCACCUGUCUCAUCGCCUGCCUGUGAACCUUCGUGCGGCCAGAACGCACACUGCGAGUAUGGCGUCGUGCAGAACGUGUGUGUGUGCAACCCCGGCACGACCGGCAAUCCGUACGGGCUGUGCGAGCCGCAGCAGCGCAACAUGUGCAGCCGGAUGCGGUGCGGAACGAACGCCGAGUGCCGCGAGUCACUCGCUUCGGUGGAGUGCGUUUGUCCUGGCGGGUUCAGCGGCAACCCGUACGUGGCGUGCCGCGACGUGGACGAAUGUUCGGCGGUCGGUGUGUGCGGCGAGGGCGCGAUUUGCAUAAACUCGGAGGGCAGCUUUGACUGCCGUUGCCGGCCCGGGUACGGCGGCAAUCCGUUCGUGAUGUGUUCCGCGAUCGAGAAAACGGUUUGCACCAAUCCACGCCAGUGUCAGUGCGGCGCGAACAUGCAGUGUCCGCCCGGGUACGGUUGCGUGCGUGGCGUGUGCAACAAUCUGUGCGCCAACACGACCUGCGGUCCACGGGCGGCCUGCGACGCGGGACGAUGCGUCUGUCCGCCCGGGUACACGGGCAAUGCGGCCGACCGCAAGACCGGCUGCGUGCCGGACGGCCAGUGCGACAGUGAUGCGGACUGCGAAGCGUCCAAGAUUUGCUUCCAAACGAGCAAAGGCGUGCGACGGUGUGUGGAUGCGUGCAGCAAGGUGCAGUGCGGCCCGAACGCGCUCUGCGUGUCGAACGAUCAUCGCAGCACGUGCAUCUGCGCACCGAGCUAUGUGGGCAAUCCGGGCGACCUGACGGUGGGCUGCCAGCAGGAGGCGAAGCUGGUGGCGGAGUGUAAAACCGACGGCGACUGCAAGCCGGGCCACGUGUGCACGGCUGUGACGGAGACCGGACACCAGGCGUGCGUCAAUCCGUGCAGUGCGGUAGAGUGUGGCGUGCACGAGGUGUGCACGGUCAAUGAGGUCAAUCAACCGGUCUGCCACUGUCAGAGCGGGUACCGCUGGAAUCCCGUUACCUCGGGGUGUGUGAAGCCCUCGAUCCCGGACUGUACGGCGGACGCGGACUGCCAUCAGGUUGCAGCCUGCCGGCCGGAUGCCGUGGGCGUGCUGAAGUGCAUUGCCGUGUGUACGGAGUUCACCUGCCCGCCGAACUCGGUGUGCGUGUCGUCCAAUCAUCGCGGCAGCUGCCAGUGUCUGCCAGGCUACACGGGCAACCCGAACGACCGCAAUGGCUGCCGUCCCGAGCAGCAGAAUACCUGCCUCACCAGUGCGGAGUGCGCAGAGUCGGACGCGUGCGUUGCGCACGACGGUGCGGCCCUGUUCUGCCGACCGGCCUGUGAGAGUGUGCAGUGUGGCCCGUACGCACUGUGCGUCACCAACAAUCAUGCCGCGCAGUGCCAGUGUCCGCCGGGCUCGUACGCUGGCGAUCCGUACGACCUGGCGAAGGGAUGCCAGUCGGUGCCGUGCGUCUACAACCGGGACUGCCCCUCGAACCAGCUGUGCAAUCGCAUGACGCACAGCUGCGUGGACGUGUGUCAGGAGGAUACGUGCGGCGAGAAUGCGGUGUGCAUCGCGGAAAACCACCGCUCCGUGUGCCAGUGUCCGCCGGGCUAUCGGGCGAACCCGAUUGCCGAGGUCGAAUGUGCGCAGGUGCGAUCGUGCGAUCCGAACCCGUGCCAUCCGACCGCUUCCUGCGAGCCGGGCCCGGAUGGGUACGUGUGCAAGUGUCCGGUAGGACAGAUCGGAAACCCUUUGACGGGAUGCCGACAGGAAGGGGCCUGUCCCGGGGGAGAUCGCGACUGUCCGGACGGUGCGGCCUGCGUGAACGGGAAGUGUACCGAUCCGUGUCUGGGUGCGUGCGGCAUCAACUCGCAGUGCACGGUCGUCAAUCGGGAGCCGGUGUGUAGCUGCAAGGCGAAGUACGUCCCCGGCGCGACGGGAUCGGCACGAGACGGUUGUGUCCGAUCAAGCAGUGGCUGUAUGAGCGAUCUCGACUGCAACGGAGACGUGUGUCACGGUGGCCAGUGUGCGGUUGCGUGCCGCAACACCAACGACUGCUCGCCGGGCGAGCGCUGUCUUAGCAACGUUUGCGCCGUGCCCUGUUCCGAUCACAGCCAGUGCGGCCAGGGGCAAGCGUGCGCCGGUGGCAUCUGUACGAUCGGGUGCCGCAGCAGCCGCGACUGCAGCGGAACGACGGCCUGCAUUGACUUCAAGUGUACCGACCCGUGCACGGCGGACAGGAAUGCGUGCGGACCGAACGCGCUCUGCUCGGCGGUAGAUCACGUGCCCCAGUGCACCUGUCCGGCCGGGUUCGAGGGCAAUCCAUCGCCCGACCAGGGCUGCGUGCGGAUGCCGACGAGCUGCGAAACAUCGGCACAGUGUGCCGCGGGCCACAUGUGCAUCGGCAAUCUGUGCAGUUUGCCCUGCUCCGAGACGUCGCCAUCCUGUGCGAUUGGAGAGCGGUGCGCUAACAGCGUUUGUGCGAAGGUUUGCUACACCAACAACAACUGUCUGCCCGGCGAGGUAUGCAGCGAGGCGGGUGUGUGCGUGCCAGGAUGCGGAACCGACGCCGACUGCCCAUCGCAGCGCGUUUGCCAGGCGGGCAAGUGCAAGUGCAUGAAGGGCUUCAUCGGGACGCCGUUCGGAUGCACCGAUAUUGAUGAGUGUUCCGAGCGGCCGUGCCAUGCGAGUGCGGUCUGCGAGAACAUUCCCGGCUCCUAUCGCUGCCAGUGUCCCGAGGGAGCGGUUGGGGACGCUUACGCCAGUCCGGGCUGCCGCAAGCCGAGCCAGUGUCGCCGGGAUGUCGACUGUGCGGACGAGCUGGCCUGCAUCGGAGGCAAAUGCCGCAGCCCGUGCAGCACGAAGCAGUGCAGCCGGAAUGCGGAGUGCCAGGUGGUGGGCCACCGGGCGGAAUGCUUCUGUCCGGCGGGAUACCUUGGCGAUGCGACGGACGGGGAGAUCGGCGGCAUCGGCUGCUUCAAGGUGGAGUGCGUGCACAACGAGGACUGCGGAGUGGAGCGGGCCUGCAGCGAGGAGUCGAACCGCUGCGUCAACCCCUGCGAGCAGCUCAACUGUGGCCGGGGAACGUGCCAGAUCCAGAACCAUGAGGCGGUGUGCGUUUGCUACCAGGGCUACACGUUCGCCAACGGCAAGUGUGAAGACAUCGACGAGUGCGCGCGCGAAUCCCCUGGCCCAUGCCACGAAACGGCACUGUGCGAGAAUUUGCCGGGCAAUUAUCUGUGCUCCUGUCCGGCCGGGCUGGUGGGCGACCCGGUAACUGCCGGCUGCAAGCGGGCCGAUGAAUGUCUGUCGAGCGAAGACUGCCCGAGCGGUGCAGUGUGUGUGGACGCCCAUUGCCAAAACCCGUGUGCCGAGGCGAAUGUGUGCGGCGAGAACGCACUGUGCACGGUGGUCGGCGAGCGGCCCCAGUGUGAGUGUCCCCCAGCGACCCGGGGCAAUCCCAAGGUUGCCUGCAAGCGGCUCGAGUGUACCACGGCGGACGAGUGUACGGCGGAUCGAACGUGCAUUGGCAAUCGCUGCAUCGAUCCGUGCUCGCUCAAGAGUGCGUGCGGCAGCAGUGCGAACUGCGUGUCGAAAAACCAUCUGGCCGUGUGCUCCUGUCAGCCGGGCACGACUGGCAAUCCGCUGCUGGGAUGUGUGCCGCUGCAGUACUGCAACGACGACCCGCAGUGCCCGACCGGCACGAAGUGUAGCGCUGGGGUGUGCUGCUCGCUGUGCGGCACCAACCGUGACUGUCUGGACGAUCAGCUGUGCAUACAGGGCGUGUGCCAGCCGACCUGUCGCUCCAACACCACCUGUCCUGACUUCCAGUACUGCCACAACGGCAUCUGCACGAAGGAGUUCAAAUGCCGGGCGGACGACGAUUGCGGCGCGGACGAGAUGUGCAUCACGGACGCGAAUGGAAGGUCGGAGUGUCGCAAUGCGUGCAACAGUGGGCGCGUCCUGUGCGGCCGCAAUGCCGACUGCAGCGCACGCAACCAUGUGGCGGAAUGCGAGUGCAAGCAGGGCUUCUACCGGGAUGCGGGCGGCAUCUGCCGCAAAGUGGAGUGCGAGCGCGAUGACGACUGCUCCUCGGACAAGGUGUGCGAGAACCACGCGUGCAAGAUCGCCUGCCUGACGGGCGAGGCCCCCUGCGGCGCCAAUGCGCUCUGUUCGGCCGAAAACCACCGCCAGGUGUGCUACUGUCAGCCGGGCUUCACCGGCGACCCGAAGCGCGGCUGCUCGCUGAUCGACUUCUGCAAGGAGCGACCGUGCGCACCGAACGCCAAGUGUCGCAACAGCCGAGGCUCGUACCGGUGCUCGUGCCCGGCCGGGCUGGUGGGGGAUCCGUAUCAGGGCGGCUGCAAGCGUGCGGCCGAAUGCGAGCGGAACAGUGACUGCCCGGAGGUGGCCGAAUGUGUGCAGGAGAACGGUGAAUCGAAGUGUCGCGAUGUUUGUGCCGGUGUUCAGUGUGGCCCGAACGCGGAGUGUGCCGCCCGGAAGCAUAAUGCGGAGUGCAAGUGCCGGUCGCGGUUCGAGGGCGAUCCGAAGGAUCUGACCAAUGGCUGCAAGCCGAAACCGAUGUCUUGCAAGCGCAAUAAUGACUGUCCGGAGAACUCGUACUGUCACGGGCAGAUCUGCAAACCGGCCUGCUCUGAAACGGACGAAUGUAACCAGGACGAGGUUUGCUCGAACGGGCAGUGCGUUAACCCGUGCCACGAGUUGAACGCCUGCGGUAUGAAUGCCGAAUGUUUGAUGGGAGCGCAUGCAAAGCAGUGCUCGUGUCCGGCAGGCUUCACCGGCGACGCAGCCGUCGAGUGUGUGCGAGUUCCGAUAUCGUGCGCGUCCAAUACGGACUGUACGGAUGGCAGCAUCUGCAAGGAGUCGAUGUGUUUGCCACGAUGCAAAAACGAUCAGGAGUGUGCACUGAACGAGAAAUGUCUGCAGGGUAGCUGUAUGCUGACGUGUCGUUUGGAUAACGAUUGCUUCCUGGGACACAUAUGUCUGGCGGGGCGAUGCGUUUACGGCUGUCACGCCGACAGUGACUGCAGUGCUAGCGAAACCUGCCGCGACAACCGAUGCGUCAACCCGUGCCAGGAAAAUCCUUGCGGACCGAAUGCCGCGUGCACCGUGGUGAACCAUCGGGCCAGCUGCUCCUGCUUCAGUGGCAUGGUGCCCAGCCCGACCGCAAAGGUAGGCUGCGUGCGAGCUCCGGCCCUACAGUGUACGGAGAAUCGUGACUGUGCCGACGGUACGUCCUGCAUCGACCGGCUUUGCCGGCCAGUGUGUGCGAACGAUCAAAGCUGCCUGAACAACGAACGCUGCGAUGGCGGUUCGUGCAAGCCGAUCUGCCGCAAGGAUGACGAUUGCCGUACGGGGGAGAUCUGCCAAGGUCAAACGUGUAUGAUCGGUUGCCGAUCGGACGGCGGAUGUGCGGACCAUUUGACGUGCAGCGGGCAGCAGUGCGUUGAUCCGUGUCAGGAACCGACGGCCUGUGGCACGAACGCCGAGUGUGUGGUCGUGGGACACAGGAAGCAGUGCAGCUGCCCGGCCGGUUUGGUGGGCGAUCCGUUCAGCUUGGGCUGCCGGCAGGAGACGCGCCUCUGUCAGGCGCGCACCGACUGUCCGAAGGGGCAGGCAUGCUACGGCGGUACCUGCAUGCAGACGUGCCGCAACGAUCAGAACUGUUUGGCCGACGAGCGGUGCGUUCGGGGAACGUGCCGAACGGUGUGCAACAGCGAUGCGGCCUGUGGCAAUGGAUUGAUCUGCGAGGGACGCAUCUGUCAGGCAGGGUGUCGAUCGGACAACCAGUGCAGCAACACGCAGGCCUGCAUCAACAAGAAGUGUACGGAUCCGUGCGCAACGCUUGGCCAGUGUGGCUCGUGCUCGGAGUGCAAGGUAAUCGAUCACGGUGUGCAGUGUAGCUGCCCGCAGGGAUACCUGGGCAAUCCGCUGCUGUCGUGCAGUCCGCCGGCAGAAAAGUGCAACGCGCAAUGUACCUGUGACGAGGACGGUAUGUACUGCGUGAAGGCCUGCCGCCAGCAGAAGGACUGCGGAUGUGGACAAACCUGCCACCGGGGCAAGUGCCGCAGCAAAUGCAACCCGGGCAACUGCCCGGCGGGACUACUCUGUCAGAAUGGGGCCUGUGUGGCGGGCUGUCGAACGAACGCCGACUGCCCCAGCGAGCGGUCCUGCACCAACGGCAAGUGUGUGGAUCCGUGUGCCGGUGGUAGAGCGUGCGGCAAGAAUGCGCUCUGCCAGGUGUCGGACCAUCGUUCGCUUUGCCUGUGCCCCGACGGUUUCCAGGGUGAUCCGUCGGUAGGCUGUGUGCAGUACGAAUGCCAAACUAACGACGACUGCGAGCUGGACAAGAAGUGCGCGAGCGGAAAGUGCAUCAAUCCGUGCCUGAGCCCGGGUGCGUGCGGUCUGAACGCGCAGUGUCGCGUUGUGAACCGGCAGGCGCAGUGCAGCUGCACUCCCGGCUUCUUCGGCAAUGCGCGCCACGAGUGCCAGCCGGUGCAGAAGAACGGCUGUGCUCAGAAUCCCUGCGGCGAGAAUACCGUUUGCCGGGAGGAUGAGAAUGGCUACGAGUGCUCCUGUCAGCCGGGUUGCGUGGGUGAUCCGCGACAGGGCUGUCUGUGCGAGGAAAAGCUCAAGAAGGACGAUUGCGAGCAGUACGCCUGUGGUACGAAUGCGGUCUGCCGCAUGACCGAAUGGGGCGCACCGUCGUGCGUCUGUUUGCCAACGCAUCCGCACGGUGACCCGUACAUGUCGUGCACUCAAGAUGAUACCGCGACCGACUGUCGAACGACUGGCUGUGCGGAAGGAGAGUGUGUUCGUGACGGUGCCAAGUUCAUCUGCCGCAAAGAACUGGGAUGUAGGCAUAGCAACGAGUGUCCUUUGGAAAGAUCAUGCAUCAACGGAAUUUGUGUUGAUCCAUGUCGAUCGGGCAAUCCUUGCGAUAUUGGCGAAGAAUGCGAAGUUCAAAAUCACGAAACAGUUUGUGUGAAACUAUGCCAAUGUGAAAAAGCAUCAGACUGUGCAGGAGGAUUGAUAUGUGAUGGCUGUAACUGUGUUCAAAAAGAUACCGAUAGAACAACUGGUUGUGAGCAUUGCCCACCGGGCAUUCCUUGUGAUCCAAUCACUGGCGGUUGCGUCAAGGUACAAUGCACCACAAACGAUGAAUGUUCACUUACGGAAGCCUGUGUUGGAAACAUGUGUCAAAGACCGUGCGAUGUAAAGAACACUUGCACGGCGAAUGCAGUUUGCAUCAAUACCAAUCACGGUACUGAUUGCAGUUGCAUCGACGGAUAUCAUGGAAACGGUUUUGUACAAUGCGUACCAGUAACGACUGUAGGUUCAGUGUGCCAGUACAACGAAGAUUGUCCGCCCGAUAAGCUUUGCGAUCGGUUGAAUCGCAUCUGCAUCAAUCCUUGCCAAGCCGACUCUUGCGGCGACAAUGCAGAGUGUUUUGCAGUGAAUCAUGGAAUUGAUUGCCGCUGUCGGGCAGGGUACGUUGGUAAUGCUUACAUUGAGUGUACACAGCACCAAGGGUGUCUCUCGGAUCGGCAGUGCAACGACAAUGAAGCUUGUAUCCAAGGCCGCUGCUCAUCACCUUGCCAGUGUGGACCGAAUGCUAUGUGCGAUGUGAAACGGCAUAAAGCCGUGUGCCGUUGCCCACCGGGAUACGGUGGUAAUGCGCGCACUGGAUGCAAUCCGCCAAGCAAUCCGUGUGAACCAAACCCAUGCGGAAUCAAUGCAAUGUGUGAAAUCGACAAUGGCAGCCCGGUGUGUUUCUGUCCGCGCGGAUUAACUGGAAAUCCAUUCAAGAAUUGCAUUCCUGAAGGAAAUGAGUGCACACCAAAUCCAUGCGGACCCAACUCGGGAUGUCGCAAAAUCAACGGUAAACCGACAUGCUUCUGCCUGCCCGAGUUUGAAGGAAAUCCACCCCAGACGCCAUGUACGCUGCCACAAAACCCGUGUGUCCCGUCACCGUGCGGGCCCAACACUCAGUGCACAAUACUGAGCAAUGGGUAUGCAAAAUGCACAUGUGUGCCAGGGUACAUUGAAAGUCCCAACACGAUCCGUGGCUGUGUGGAACCGUCAAGCCCGUGCGAUCCGAAUCCCUGCGGCUUUGGAGCGAUCUGCGACGCAACGCGCAAUCCCGUAUGCUACUGUCCAGAUUCGAUGAUAGGCAAUCCCUACCGUAGCUGCCUCGAGCCAGUUAUGACACCGGAGCUGUGUCAACCGGGACCAUGCGGUGCGAAUGCGGAUUGCUAUGUGGCAGAAGGCAGGGAGCAGUGUUACUGCAAGCCAAACUUUAUCGGUGAUCCGUAUGGAGGAUGCGUUGAGCAGCCACGGUCUGUAUGCGAACCGAAUCCCUGCGGUCCGGGAGCCGAGUGUGUGCUGCUGGUAGAUGGGGCACCGGGAUGCCGAUGCCCACCAGGGCUGAGCGGCGAUCCGACGACAACGGGAUGCCAUGCGUUUGAAUGCUUGAGCGAUGAUCAGUGUGCUGCGGACAAGGCUUGCAUCGGACUGCGAUGUGCUGAUCCGUGUCCGGGAUCGUGUGGCGCGGGAGCGCAUUGUCGUGUCGAGAAACACCAUCCAGUGUGCUUCUGUGACGCUGGUUUAACAGGCAAUCCUGCCGUACAGUGCUACAGCCUAGAUGAACGGCCUCGCGAUGCUUGCAACCCCAGCCCGUGCGGUGCCAAUGCUCGUUGUAGCGUGAGGAACAAACGGCCAGUGUGCAAGUGCCUAACGAACUACCACGGAGAUCCGCGUAAAGGUUGCAAGCCUGAGUGUGACAUCAAUUCUGACUGCACACCGGACAAGUCUUGCGUCAACCAUAAGUGUGUAUCGCCGUGUGCAUUGGGUACGGUGUGCGGCGUGAACGCGGAAUGUAGUGUUAAUUAUCACACACCGAUGUGUAAGUGUCCUUCGGGAUAUACGGGCGAUGCGUUCGUGCAGUGCGUGCCGAUACCGGAGGAUCGCAACAUGACCAGACAACCGUGCUCGUCGGAUCCGUGCGGUCCGGGAGAGGUUUGUUCAAUAUAUGGUAACGAUGUCGCUCUGUGCGAUCCGUGCGUAGCUCCGGAUGCAAUACAUAAUCCCAGAUGCCGACCUCAGUGUGUGCUGAACACGGAUUGUCCGUUCAAUAUGGCAUGCCUGCAGUCGGAAUGUCGAGAUCCCUGCCCGGGAUCGUGUGGAUACAACGCACUGUGCACCGUCGAGCGUCACCGACCAGUAUGCUACUGUCCGCCGGAGAUGUAUGGAAACCCUUACGAACAGUGUAAGCCACAGGAGAGUCCACGGGAAACGUGCGCUAGUAUCCGUUGUGGAGCAAACACGCAAUGCAAACAGCAGAAUGGCGUCUUGGCUUGCGUAUGUAAAAAGAACUACUACGGAGAUCCUUUGAUAGGCUGCCGACCAGAAUGCGUGGUUAACACGGAUUGUCCGAUCAGUAAGGCGUGCGUAAAUUCACGCUGCGUCGAUCCGUGCGUAGAUGCGUGCGGUGUGAGCGCGCAGUGCAAAGUGGUUAAUCAUUUACCGAUUUGCUUCUGUCCGCCCACCCACACCGGUGAUGCGCUGGUUGCAUGCACGGAACGAACGUACCUUCCUCCGGACAAUACACCGUGCGACCCGAACCCCUGCGGACCGAACAGUAAAUGCCGUACUACACCUGAUGGGUACGCCAUUUGCUCGUGCUUACCGGGGUAUCGUGGAGUGCCGCCCGCCUGCCAGGCCGAAUGUAUGAUCAAUGCAGAGUGUCCGCAGAACAAGGCGUGCAUCAAUCUAAAGUGUGCCGACCCAUGUCCGGGUACGUGCGGCGUCGGUGCACGCUGCGAAGUUCUGAAUCACAAUCCGAUCUGCAGCUGUGGAGCCAACCAGCAGGGAGAUCCGUUUGUGAUCUGCGAGGCACGACAAAACGAACCACCAGUGGAGCAGAAGAAUCCCUGCGAUCCAUCGCCCUGCGGACCGAACUCAAUUUGUCAGGUACGCGGCCGAAGGCCGGUGUGUUCGUGUCAGCCGAACUUUAUCGGUUCUCCGCCGGCCUGCCGCCCGGAGUGUGUACUAAGCUCCGAAUGUCCCCAGGACAAAGCUUGCAUUAACGAGAAGUGUCAAAAUCCGUGCGCUAACGCGUGUGGCGCUAAUGCUGACUGUCACAUCGUGGCACAUUCUGCGUUCUGUAGCUGCCGUGCUGGAUUUGAAGGAGAUGCUUUCAUUGGAUGUUCCGCAGUGCCGAAGGACACACCAAAGGAUGUGUGCUAUCCGAACCCGUGUGCAGAAAAUGCGGUAUGUAGUGAGCACAAUGGCGCCGCCAAGUGUACCUGCAUCACGCCGUACCUGGGAGAUCCGUACAAUACGGGAUGUCGACCGGAGUGCGUACUGAACUCGGACUGUCCCAGCCACACGGCGUGCGUCAAUCAACACUGCCGCGAUCCGUGCCCGGGCGUGUGCGGUACGAAUGCGGACUGUACCGUGGCCAAUCACAUACCGGUGUGCGAAUGCAGUCGGGGAUACGUGGGUGAUCCGUUCCGUGGCUGUCGUCGAGAAGUACCACCACUAGUGGCACCGAAAGAUCCUUGUGCGUCCUGUCCAUCGAACAGCGUAUGUCGAGUAGUAGGAGGCCGACCAACAUGUUCCUGUCCGGAGGGAUACCGCGGAACACCGCCAGCUUGCAGGCCGGAAUGCUCAAGCAGUGAGGAAUGUCUGCACGACCGCAGCUGUAUUAACCUGAAGUGUGCCGAUCCGUGCCCUGGGCUGUGCGGUAUAAACGCGCAAUGCCAAGUGAUCAAUCACAAACCGUUUUGCAGUUGUCAGCGUGACAUGAUUGGUAAUCCGUUCGAGCAGUGUUAUCCGAAACCGGCGGAACCAGUGCAUCCAUGUCAGCCAAGCCCGUGUGGCGCGUACUCGGAAUGCCGUGAGAUUGACAAUCGUGCAGUGUGUACGUGUGCUGCUGGUAUGCUCGGAACACCGCCGAACUGCAGACCGGAGUGCGAAACAGAUCAAGACUGUCCGUCGAAUCGAGCGUGCUUCAAUCAGAAGUGCCGCGAUCCCUGUGUGGGCUCCUGUGGAUACAAUGCGCAGUGCAGCACCCGUAACCAUCGACCCGAGUGUUAUUGUGUUGAUGGGUUCGAAGGGGAUCCGUACAGUGGUUGCAAUCCAGUCGCUAUUAAACGGGACGAAAUAAUUGACCCAUGCAAUCCGUCCCCUUGCGGUUCGAACGCGAUCUGCAAGGAUCGAAACGGUGCUGGUUCUUGUAAAUGCAUGCCCAAUUAUUUCGGUGAUCCAUACGUCAACUGCCGACCGGAAUGUGUUCAAAGUUCGGAAUGUCCGUCUACCAAGGCAUGCGUCAACAUGCGCUGCAUUGACCCAUGCCUUGGCACGUGCGGGCUUAACAGUGAAUGUCGUGUACAUAACCAUUCGCCGUACUGUAGCUGUAGUCCUGAUUAUACGGGCAAUCCAUCACAGGCUUGCCGUCCUAUCGUGGUAGAAAAUCUCCCUGCCCGUCAUCCGAUAGACCCCUGUUCACCAUCUCCAUGUGGUCCGUACAGCAUAUGUAGGGUGCUGGACGGUCAUCCGGUUUGCUCAUGCCAAAUCAGUUGUUCAGGCGUUCCACCCAAUUGUCGUCCAGAAUGUCUCAUAAACGCAGAGUGCCCUCGCGACAGAACUUGUAUCAAUCAACGAUGCAUCGAUCCGUGCCCGGGUACGUGCGGAAUGAACGCGCGAUGCCGCGUGGUAAAUCACAAUCCAAUUUGCAGCUGUAACGCUGGAUUUAUCGGUGAUCCAUUUGUGCAGUGCUCACCGGAGCCAACACAACCGAUAUUGGAGGAAGAGUACAGGAAUCCGUGUCAACCCUCACCGUGUGGAGUGAACUCCGUGUGCAAAGUACACAACAAUCGAGCUGUGUGCUCGUGUCUGCCCAACUACGUGGGUCGUCCGCCAAGCUGUAGACCCGAAUGUGCGGUAGACUCGGAAUGUCCAAUGAAUUUGGCUUGCAUUAAUGAAAAGUGCCGCAAUCCUUGUCUUGGAUCGUGUGGAGUUAAUACCGAAUGCGCUGUAGUAGCUCACAAACCUUUGUGCAGUUGCACAGCAGGCUACAGUGGAGAUCCUUUUGCUGGAUGCAGCAUUAUUCCGAUCGUACAACAAGAAACUCCUAUGCCAUGUAAUCCGAGCCCAUGCGGAGCAAAUGCUAUCUGCAAGGAGCGAAAUGGUGCGGGAUCAUGCACUUGUGCGCCGGAAUAUUUCGGCGAUCCAUACGUUGGGUGUCGCCCCGAGUGUGUAAUGAACAGCGACUGUCCUAGAACACGAGCAUGUAUAAAUAACAAAUGUCAAGAUCCGUGCCCAGGAACGUGCGGAGUAAAUGCCGAGUGUCAUGUUGUGAAUCACGCUCCAAGUUGCGUUUGCUUGACAGGAUUUAUAGGGAACCCGUUCACGGAGUGUAGACCUCAGCCGGAAAUUCGAGAUGAGCCUGUAGUUCAACCAUGUCAACCGUCACCAUGCGGCCCGAACAGCGUGUGUCGCGUGCUGAACAAUCAUGCCGUAUGCACAUGCAAGCAGAAUUAUAUUGGUUCACCACCCAACUGUCGUCCAGAGUGUGUGGUCAGCUCGGAGUGUCCGCUAGACAAAUCAUGCGUUAAGACCAAGUGUGUGGAUCCUUGUCCAGGCACAUGCGGUUUCAAUGCACGAUGCCAAGUAGUGAACCACAAUCCUAUCUGCAGCUGCAAGGCUGGCUUUACAGGAGAUCCAUUCGUACGGUGUAUACCGGAAGAACGUCGUCCUAUCGUACAGGAAACCCCUACCGAUCCUUGCAUUCCGUCUCCCUGUGGACCAAAUUCUCAAUGCAAGGCCGUUGGUCAUACGGCGGCCUGUUCUUGUCUGCCAAAUUAUAUCGGACGCGCACCGAACUGUCGCCCCGAGUGUACUUCCAACUCUCAGUGUACGCCGAUGAAGGCGUGCAUCAAUGAACGCUGUGGUGACCCUUGUCCUGGAUCUUGUGGCUCGAAUGCGCUCUGCUCAGUCCAAAACCAUCAGCCCAACUGUCGUUGCAUUGAAGGAUACGAAGGCGAUCCAUAUACCUCGUGUAACCCUGUAAUAAUACACCGUGAACCAGAAAUAGUAGAUCCCUGCAAUCCAUCCCCGUGUGGCAUAAACGCGGAAUGUAAUGUACGCAACAACGCAGGUUCCUGCACUUGUGUGAAGGAUUACUACGGUGAUCCGUAUCACGAGUGCCGUCCUGAGUGUAUGCUCAGCUCGGACUGUCCGAAUACUCGGGCAUGUUUGAACAACAAAUGCGUCGAUCCGUGCCCGGGCAUGUGUGGUCUGAACGCGGAAUGCUUCGUCAUGAACCAUUCGCCUUCUUGCUCUUGCCUGCCGGGCUACACUGGAAACCCAUCACAAGCAUGUCGCGAGAUACCGAAACAAAUCGAACACACUCCUAUCGAUCCAUGUCGUCCAUCGCCCUGUGGCCCGUACAGCCAGUGCCGCAAUGUGAACGAACAUGCCGUCUGUUCGUGUCAGGCCAAUUACAUUGGUUCGCCACCGGCUUGCCGUCCAGAAUGUACUGUUAGCUCUGAAUGUGCAAUGGAUAAGGCUUGUAUCAAGCAGUCGUGCUUGGAUCCGUGUCCUGGUACGUGCGGUUUUAACGCUCGUUGUACGGUGAUCAAUCACAAUCCGAUCUGUAGCUGUCCCUCCGGCUUUACCGGCGAUCCAUUCGAACGAUGUGUGCCAGAAGAAAAACAAGUGGUUCAAGCUGAACCUACGAACCCCUGCCUUCCAUCGCCGUGCGGACCAAAUUCACAGUGCCGAGCUGUCGGAAACGUGCCGGCUUGCUCGUGCUUGCCCAACUAUGUUGGUCGAGCUCCGAACUGCCGGCCCGAAUGUACGAUCAAUGCGGAAUGCUCUGGUAAUCUUGCCUGCGUCAAUGAAAAGUGCGCCGACCCAUGCCCGGGAUCGUGCGGCCCUAAUGCUGUUUGUCGCGUGAUUGAACAUUCGCCUUCCUGCUCCUGCCAAACCGGAUAUACGGGAGAUCCUUUCUCCGGCUGUACAGUCAUUCCUUUAACACCUGUUCGCGAAGAAUCUAGAAACCCAUGCAACCCUUCGCCCUGUGGAUCGAACGCGGUAUGCAAGGAACGGAACGGUGCAGGAUCAUGUACAUGUCUGCCGGAUUACUUUGGCGAUCCGUACAGUGGCUGUCGGCCGGAGUGUGUUACCAACAGCGACUGCCCACGUGUGAGGGCUUGCGUGAAUAAUAAGUGCGCUGACCCUUGCCCGGGUGUUUGCGGUAUUGACGCAGAAUGUUAUGUAGUCAAUCACUCGCCAAGUUGUGCUUGCCGACCAGGCUAUACCGGUGAUCCGUUCACGCAAUGUCGUCCACCAGAGCAACCUAAACAAAAUGAACCGAUCAAUCCAUGCACUCCGUCUCCAUGUGGUCCUAAUAGUAUCUGCCGCGAAUCGAAUGGGCAUGCCGUUUGCACGUGCCAGGCCAGUUUUAUCGGAACGCCACCAAACUGCCGACCGGAAUGUAUCGUCAGCUCGGAGUGCGCUCUUGAUAAAGCUUGCAUUGGCCAAAAGUGUAACGAUCCAUGUCCUGGUACUUGCGGCCAGAAUGCACGUUGCCAAGUGGUUAAUCAUAACCCAAUCUGUAGCUGUUCACUUGGCUUCACCGGAGAUCCGUUUGUUCGAUGCGUACCAGUUGAAAAAGAUCCGGUCGUACAAGAUCCCGUAGAUCCAUGCGUUCCAUCACCUUGUGGGCCAAACUCCGUCUGCCGAGCUAUUGGGUCGACACCUGCAUGUUCUUGUUUGCCAAACUACAUCGGCCGAGCGCCAAACUGCCGUCCAGAGUGCAUGCUCAAUGCCGAAUGUCCAGCCACGUUGGCAUGUGUAAACGAACGAUGUACUAACCCUUGUGUAGGAUCUUGUGGUAUUAACGCACGGUGUACAGUAGUGAAACACAAUCCGAUCUGCGAGUGUGAGGCUGGAUUUACCGGAGAUCCGUUCUCUGUCUGUACAGAAAUUAUUCCCAUACGUGACGUGGAACCGGUCAAUCCAUGCAAUCCAUCGCCAUGCGGUGCCAAUGCAGUAUGUAAAGAAAGAAAUGGAGCCGGAUCGUGUACUUGUAUGCCAGAAUAUUUCGGUGACCCAUACACAGGAUGCCGUCCGGAAUGUGUACAGAACACAGACUGCGAAAAGUCGAAGGCAUGCAUGAACAACAAAUGCCGCGAUCCGUGUCCAGGUGUUUGCGGAUUGAAUGCUGAAUGUGUCGUUCAAAACCACAGUCCCGUGUGCUUCUGCUUAGAAGGAUACACAGGUGAUCCGGCCAGUACCUGUACUUUGGCUGAGAUUGUAACCGAGCGACCCAAGACUCCUGGAUGCCAACCAUCACCGUGCGGACCGAACAGUCAAUGUCGAGAAAUCAAUGGACAUCCAGUGUGCUCCUGCUUGGCGGGUUACAUUGGAACGCCACCGAUGUGUCGUCCGGAAUGCGUCGUCAGUUCGGAGUGUAGUCAGGAUCGCGCCUGCGUAAACAAGAAAUGUGUAGAUCCAUGUCCAGGAACGUGUGGUGCCGAGGCACGGUGUCAAGUUGUUAAUCACAAUCCAAUAUGUAGCUGCCCUCCCGGGUUUACUGGAGAUCCUUUCGUGCAGUGCGCAAAGAAAGAAGAACAGAAGGACAUUACACCUGUAAAUCCUUGUGUGCCUUCGCCAUGCGGGCCUAAUUCAAACUGUCGAACUGUUGGCAGUCAGCCUGCCUGUUCAUGCGCCGCCAACUAUAUUGGACGACCGCCGAACUGUCGACCGGAGUGCACCAGGGACGCCGAAUGUCCAAGUAAUUUGGCAUGUCAGAACGAAAAAUGCGUGGAUCCUUGCGCGGCUGGUUGUGGAUUGAAUGCAGUUUGCCGAGUCAUCAACCAUAAGCCAGUUUGUACAUGUGACGAAGGUUUCGAAGGAAAUCCGCUAGAACAAUGUAGUCGCAUUCUGCCGCCUACAACAGAGAGGCUAACACCUUGUACUCCUUCACCAUGUGGACCUAACGCUGAAUGCCGCGAACGGAACAAUGCUGGAGCAUGUUAUUGUUUAACAGGCUAUGAAGGCAAUCCGUAUGAUGUCUUUUCGGGUUGUCGUCGUGAAUGUGACGUGAAUGCUGAUUGUCCAGACAAACUAGCAUGCGUACAGUAUAAAUGUGUCGAUCCAUGUCCAGGUGUUUGUGGUGCUCAAGCAUUGUGUGAAAUUCAAAAUCAUGUACCAACAUGCAUUUGUCCCGAAGGUACAGUCGGAGAUCCUUUCGUACAGUGCAACCUACGGAUGGCAGAUCCGGUUACACCUGCAGCACCUGUGUGUGACAAGUAUACAUGCGGUCCAAAUAGCAUUUGCCGUAUACAAAAUGGUGUUGCUGUUUGUAAAUGUCAGCCAGAUAUGGUUGGUAGCCCACCAAACUGUCGACCAGAAUGCCAGCAAAAUAGUGACUGUGAGGCCAACCGGGCUUGCGUUAAUUUGAAGUGCAUAGAUCCAUGCCCCGGUUCGUGCGGACAAAAUGCCAACUGUAACAUCAUCAACCAUAAUCCAAUAUGUAGCUGUGCUCCUGGAUUCACCGGUGAUCCAUUCACUCGAUGUUACAAAGAAAUUGUAACUACCUCAACAACAGAGGCUCCAAGAGCAUUGUGCACACCAUCGCCAUGUGGACCGAAUGCUGAAUGUAAAGUUAUCGGCGACCGAGAGGCGUGUUCCUGUUUACCAGGUUAUAUAGGAGCACCGCCAAGCUGUAGGCCAGAGUGUAUUUUAAGCACGGAAUGUGCUGAUAACCAAGCAUGCAUCAGGCAAAAGUGUGAGGAUCCUUGUCCGGGAUCUUGUGGUCUGAAUGCAAAAUGUUCUGUAUCGCGACAUACGCCAAGCUGCAGUUGUGAUGCUGGAUUUACUGGAGAUCCAUUUACAGGCUGUCAAGCGAUAAUUGAGGAUGUCCCAGUAUUGAACCCUUGUAAUCCUAGCCCAUGCGGAGCCAACGCUCAAUGUAGGGAACAAAACGGUGCUGGAGCAUGCACAUGUAUUGAGGAUCAUUUUGGAAACCCUUACGAAGGAUGCCGUCCAGAGUGUGUGCUCAAUUCGGACUGCCCGUCGAACAGGGCUUGCGUUAGGAACAAAUGUCAAGACCCUUGUCCAGGAACCUGUGGUCAGAAUGCUGACUGCCAGGUCGUCAAUCACCUGCCCUCUUGUACCUGUUUCCCCGGAUACGAAGGAGAUCCGUUCCGAUAUUGUAACAUUCAACAAAGAGAACCGGUACAAGAGUAUGUCAAUCCUUGCCAACCGAGUCCCUGUGGUCCCAACAGUCAAUGCCGAGAGGUUAACGGACAGGCCGUUUGCUCGUGUCUGCCCACUUAUGUUGGUUCUCCUCCGGGAUGUCGCCCAGAGUGUGUAGUGAGCACGGAAUGCGCCUUAAAUAAGGCUUGUGUCAACCAGAAGUGCGUUGAUCCGUGCCCUGGAACGUGCGGAACCAAUGCUAGGUGCAACGUCAAUAACCACAGCCCCAUUUGCUCAUGUCAAUCAGGAUUCACUGGUGACCCGUUCACGAGAUGCUACCCCAUACCACCUCCGGUACAAGAUACUCCGAUCGUUGUAAGGAACCCGUGCGUUCCUUCUCCGUGCGGUCCAAACUCACAGUGCCGUGAUGUAAACGGCUCUCCUUCGUGUUCAUGUCUGAUCAACUACAUUGGAUCUCCGCCUAAUUGUCGCCCAGAGUGUACAAUUAACGCGGAAUGUCCAAGCAAUCAGGCGUGCAUGAACGAGAAGUGUCGGGACCCUUGUCCGGGAUCGUGUGGCAUCAAUGCAAGAUGCAAUGUGAUCAACCAUACUCCCAUUUGUACAUGCGAGGAGGGAUACACUGGAGAUCCUUUCACAAGCUGUCGACCCAUGCCACCACCACCGCCUGAGCCCGUCAAUGAUGAUCCGUGCAAUCCUUCGCCCUGCGGGGCUAAUGCGCAAUGCCAGAACGGUAUUUGCACAUGUUUGCCAGAGUACCAGGGCGAUCCGUACCGAGGCUGCAGGCCAGAGUGCGUCUUGAACUCGGACUGCGCUCGGGAUAGGGCCUGUAUUCGUAGCAAAUGUGUAGAUCCUUGUCCGGGCACGUGCGGUCAAGAUGCACUGUGCGAGGUGAUCAAUCACAUUCCGAUGUGCCGUUGUCCGGAUGGAAAGGCCGGAAAUGCAUUCGUGCAGUGUCGACCGCAGCAAGCACCGGUUGUGACGAACCCAUGCAGUCCAUCGCCUUGCGGUCCUAAUAGCCAGUGUCGCGAAAUCAAUGGACAAGCCGUCUGCUCUUGUGUUCCGGGAUACAUUGGAAGCCCUCCGACGUGUCGUCCGGAGUGUGUUGUGAGCGCUGAAUGUCCUCAGAAUCAAGCGUGUACCAACCAGAAAUGUAGGGAUCCAUGCCCUGGAACAUGUGGAGUAGGGGCCAGGUGCUCGGUUGUGAAUCACAAUCCAAUUUGCAGCUGUCCAGAAAGAUACACAGGCGAUCCGUUCGUACGCUGUCAGCCCAUGAUCGAGCCUCCAGUACAAAUGACCCCCAGCAACCCUUGCCAACCGUCUCCUUGCGGACCAAAUGCACAGUGCCGUGCAGUGGGUGAUUCGCCAUCUUGCACUUGCAUAGAGGGUAUGAUAGGUGCACCACCCAAUUGCCGCCCGGAAUGCAUCAGCAACUCCGAUUGCUCAAACAAUUUAGCAUGCAUACGACAAAAGUGCCAAGAUCCUUGUCCUGGCGCAUGUGGAGCUAACGCGGAAUGUAGGGUUGUCAGCCAUACUCCGAUGUGCAUUUGUGCCGUUGGAUAUACUGGCGAUCCUUUCACUCAGUGCGUACCUUUCCAACAAGAUACGCCCAAGGACCAGACGACGCCUUGCCUCCCCAACCCAUGCGGAGCCAACGCUCAAUGUAGGGAACAAAACGGUGCUGGAGCAUGCACAUGUAUUGAGGAUCAUUUUGGAAACCCUUACGAAGGAUGCCGUCCAGAGUGUGUGCUCAAUUCGGACUGCCCGUCGAACAGGGCUUGCGUUAGGAACAAAUGUCAAGACCCUUGCCCAGGAACCUGUGGUCAGAAUGCUGACUGCCAGGUCGUCAGUCACCUGCCCUCUUGUACCUGUUUCCCCGGAUACGAAGGAGAUCCGUUCCGAUAUUGUAACAUUCAACAAAGAGAACCGGUACAAGAGUAUGUCAAUCCUUGCCAACCGAGUCCCUGUGGUCCCAACAGUCAAUGCCGAGAGGUUAACGGACAGGCCGUUUGCUCGUGUCUGCCCACUUAUGUUGGUUCUCCUCCGGGAUGUCGCCCAGAGUGUGUAGUGAGCACGGAAUGCGCCUUAAAUAAGGCUUGUGUCAACCAGAAGUGCGUUGAUCCGUGCCCUGGAACGUGCGGAACCAAUGCUAGGUGCAACGUCAAUAACCACAGCCCCAUUUGCUCAUGUCAAUCAGGAUUCACUGGUGACCCGUUCACGAGAUGCUACCCCAUACCACCUCCGGUACAAGAUACUCCGAUCGUUGUAAGGAACCCGUGCGUUCCUUCUCCGUGCGGUCCAAACUCACAGUGCCGUGAUGUAAACGGCUCUCCUUCGUGUUCAUGUCUGAUCAACUACAUUGGAUCUCCGCCUAAUUGUCGCCCAGAGUGUACAAUUAACGCGGAAUGUCCAAGCAAUCAGGCGUGCAUGAACGAGAAGUGUCGGGACCCUUGUCCGGGAUCGUGUGGCAUCAAUGCAAGAUGCAAUGUGAUCAACCAUACUCCCAUUUGUACAUGCGAGGAGGGAUACACUGGAGAUCCUUUCACAAGCUGUCGACCCAUGCCACCACCACCGCCUGAGCCCGUCAAUGAUGAUCCGUGCAAUCCUUCGCCCUGCGGGGCUAAUGCGCAAUGCCAGAACGGUAUUUGUACAUGUUUGCCAGAGUACCAGGGCGAUCCGUACCGAGGCUGCAGGCCAGAGUGCGUCUUGAACUCGGACUGCGCUCGGGAUAGGGCCUGUAUUCGUAGCAAAUGUGUAGAUCCUUGUCCGGGCACGUGCGGUCAAGAUGCACUGUGCGAGGUUAUCAAUCACAUUCCGAUGUGCCGUUGUCCGGAUGGAAUGGCCGGAAAUGCAUUCGUGCAGUGUCGACCGCAGCAAGCACCGAUUGUGACGAACCCAUGCAGUCCAUCGCCUUGCGGUCCUAAUAGCCAGUGUCGCGAAAUCAAUGGACAAGCCGUCUGCUCUUGUGUUCCGGGAUACAUUGGAAGCCCUCCGACGUGUCGUCCGGAGUGUGUUGUGAGCGCUGAAUGUCCUCAGAAUCAAGCGUGUACCAACCAGAAAUGUAGGGAUCCAUGCCCUGGAACAUGUGGAGUAGGGGCCAGGUGCUCGGUUGUGAAUCACAAUCCAAUUUGCAGCUGUCCAGAAAGAUACACAGGCGAUCCGUUCGUACGCUGUCAGCCCAUGAUCGAGCCUCCAGUACAAAUGACCCCCAGCAACCCUUGCCAACCGUCUCCUUGCGGACCAAAUGCACAGUGCCGCGCAGUGGGUGAUUCGCCAUCUUGCACUUGCAUAGAGGGUAUGAUAGGCGCACCACCCAAUUGCCGCCCGGAAUGCAUCAGCAACUCCGAUUGCUCAAACAAUUUAGCAUGCAUACGACAAAAGUGUCAAGAUCCUUGUCCUGGCGCGUGUGGAGCCAACGCGGAAUGUAGGGUUGUCAGCCAUACUCCGAUGUGCAUUUGUGCCGUUGGAUAUACUGGCGAUCCUUUCACUCAGUGCGUACCUUUCCAACAAGAUACGCCCAAGGACCAGACGACGCCUUGCCUCCCCAACCCAUGCGGAGCCAACGCUCAAUGUAGGGAACAAAACGGUGCUGGAGCAUGCACAUGUAUUGAGGAUCAUUUUGGAAACCCUUACGAAGGAUGCCGUCCAGAGUGUGUGCUCAAUUCGGACUGCCCGUCGAACAGGGCUUGCGUUAGGAACAAAUGUCAAGACCCUUGCCCAGGAACCUGUGGUCAGAAUGCUGACUGCCAGGUCGUCAAUCACCUGCCCUCUUGUACCUGUUUCCCCGGAUACGAAGGAGAUCCGUUCCGAUAUUGUAACAUUCAACAAAGAGAACCGGUACAAGAGUAUGUCAAUCCUUGCCAACCGAGUCCCUGUGGUCCCAACAGUCAAUGCCGAGAGGUUAACGGACAGGCCGUUUGCUCGUGUCUGCCCACUUAUGUUGGUUCUCCUCCGGGAUGUCGCCCAGAGUGUGUGGUGAGCUCGGAAUGCGCCCUGGAUAAGGCUUGUGUCAACCAGAAGUGCGUUGAUCCGUGCCCUGGAACGUGCGGAACCAAUGCUAGGUGCAACGUCAAUAACCACAGCCCCAUUUGCUCAUGUCAAUCAGGAUUCACUGGUGACCCGUUCACGAGAUGCUACCCCAUACCACCUCCGGUACAAGAUACUCCGAUCGUUGUAAGGAACCCGUGCGUUCCUUCUCCGUGCGGUCCAAACUCACAGUGCCGUGAUGUAAACGGCUCUCCUUCGUGUUCAUGUCUGAUCAACUACAUUGGAUCUCCGCCUAAUUGUCGCCCAGAGUGUACAAUUAACGCGGAAUGUCCAAGCAAUCAGGCGUGCAUGAACGAGAAGUGUCGGGACCCUUGUCCGGGAUCGUGUGGCAUCAAUGCAAGAUGCAAUGUGAUCAACCAUACUCCCAUUUGUACAUGCGAGGAGGGAUACACUGGAGAUCCUUUCACAAGCUGUCGACCCAUGCCACCACCACCGCCUGAGCCCGUCAAUGAUGAUCCGUGCAAUCCUUCGCCCUGCGGGGCUAAUGCGCAAUGCCAGAACGGUAUUUGCACAUGUUUGCCAGAGUACCAGGGCGAUCCGUACCGAGGCUGCAGGCCAGAGUGCGUCUUGAACUCGGACUGCGCUCGGGAUAGGGCCUGUAUUCGUAGCAAAUGUGUAGAUCCUUGUCCGGGCACGUGCGGUCAAGAUGCACUGUGCGAGGUGAUCAAUCACAUUCCGAUGUGCCGUUGUCCGGAUGGAAUGGCCGGAAAUGCAUUCGUGCAGUGUCGACCGCAGCAAGCACCGGUUGUGACGAACCCAUGCAGUCCAUCGCCUUGCGGUCCUAAUAGCCAGUGUCGCGAAAUCAAUGGACAAGCCGUCUGCUCUUGUGUUCCGGGAUACAUUGGAAGCCCUCCGACGUGUCGUCCGGAGUGUGUUGUGAGCGCUGAAUGUCCUCAGAAUCAAGCGUGUACCAACCAGAAAUGUAGGGAUCCAUGCCCUGGAACAUGUGGAGUAGGGGCCAGGUGCUCGGUUGUGAAUCACAAUCCAAUUUGCAGCUGUCCAGAAAGAUACACAGGCGAUCCGUUCGUACGCUGUCAGCCCAUGAUCGAGCCUCCAGUACAAAUGACCCCCAGCAACCCUUGCCAACCGUCUCCUUGCGGACCAAAUGCACAGUGCCGCGCAGUGGGUGAUUCGCCAUCUUGCACUUGCAUAGAGGGUAUGAUAGGCGCACCACCCAAUUGCCGCCCGGAAUGCAUCAGCAACUCCGAUUGCUCAAACAAUUUAGCAUGCAUACGACAAAAGUGUCAAGAUCCUUGUCCUGGCGCGUGUGGAGCCAACGCGGAAUGUAGGGUUGUCAGCCAUACUCCGAUGUGCAUUUGUGCCGUUGGAUAUACUGGCGAUCCUUUCACUCAGUGCGUACCUUUCCAACAAGAUACGCCCAAGGACCAGACGACGCCUUGCCUCCCCAACCCAUGCGGAGCCAACGCUCAAUGUAGGGAACAAAACGGUGCUGGAGCAUGCACAUGUAUUGAGGAUCAUUUUGGAAACCCUUACGAAGGAUGCCGUCCAGAGUGUGUGCUCAAUUCGGACUGCCCGUCGAACAGGGCUUGCGUUAGGAACAAAUGUCAAGACCCUUGCCCAGGAACCUGUGGUCAGAAUGCUGACUGCCAGGUCGUCAAUCACCUGCCCUCUUGUACCUGUUUCCCCGGAUACGAAGGAGAUCCGUUCCGAUAUUGUAACAUUCAACAAAGAGAACCGGUACAAGAGUAUGUCAAUCCUUGCCAACCGAGUCCCUGUGGUCCCAACAGUCAAUGCCGAGAGGUUAACGGACAGGCCGUUUGCUCGUGUCUGCCCACUUAUGUUGGUUCUCCUCCGGGAUGUCGCCCAGAGUGUGUGGUGAGCUCGGAAUGCGCCCUGGAUAAGGCUUGUGUCAACCAGAAGUGCGUUGAUCCGUGCCCUGGAACGUGCGGAACCAAUGCUAGGUGCAACGUCAAUAACCACAGCCCCAUUUGCUCAUGUCAAUCAGGAUUCACUGGUGACCCGUUCACGAGAUGCUACCCCAUACCACCUCCGGUACAAGAUACUCCGAUCGUUGUAAGGAACCCGUGCGUUCCUUCUCCGUGCGGUCCAAACUCACAGUGCCGUGAUGUAAACGGCUCUCCUUCGUGUUCAUGUCUGAUCAACUACAUUGGAUCUCCGCCUAAUUGUCGCCCAGAGUGUACAAUUAACGCGGAAUGUCCAAGCAAUCAGGCGUGCAUGAACGAGAAGUGUCGGGACCCUUGUCCGGGAUCGUGUGGCAUCAAUGCAAGAUGCAAUGUGAUCAACCAUACUCCCAUUUGUACAUGCGAGGAGGGAUACACUGGAGAUCCUUUCACAAGCUGUCGACCCAUGCCACCACCACCGCCUGAGCCCGUCAAUGAUGAUCCGUGCAGUCCUUCGCCCUGCGGGGCUAAUGCGCAAUGCCAGAACGGUAUUUGCACAUGUUUUCCAGAGUACCAGGGCGAUCCGUACCGAGGCUGCAGGCCAGAGUGCGUCUUGAACUCGGACUGCGCUCGGGAUAGGGCCUGUAUUCGUAGCAAAUGUGUAGAUCCUUGUCCGGGCACGUGCGGUCAAGAUGCACUGUGCGAGGUGAUCAAUCACAUUCCGAUGUGCCGUUGUCCGGAUGGAAUGGCCGGAAAUGCAUUCGUGCAGUGUCGACCGCAGCAAGCACCGGUUGUGACGAACCCAUGCAGUCCAUCGCCUUGCGGUCCUAAUAGCCAGUGUCGCGAAAUCAAUGGACAAGCCGUCUGCUCUUGUGUUCCGGGAUACAUUGGAAGCCCUCCGACGUGUCGUCCGGAGUGUGUUGUGAGCGCUGAAUGUCCUCAGAAUCAAGCGUGUACCAACCAGAAAUGUAGGGAUCCAUGCCCUGGAACAUGUGGAGUAGGGGCCAGGUGCUCGGUUGUGAAUCACAAUCCAAUUUGCAGCUGUCCAGAAAGAUACACAGGCGAUCCGUUCGUACGCUGUCAGCCCAUGAUCGAGCCUCCAGUACAAAUGACCCCCAGCAACCCUUGCCAACCGUCUCCUUGCGGACCAAAUGCACAGUGCCGCGCAGUGGGUGAUUCGCCAUCUUGCACUUGCAUAGAGGGUAUGAUAGGCGCACCACCCAAUUGCCGCCCGGAAUGCAUCAGCAACUCCGAUUGCUCAAACAAUUUAGCAUGCAUACGACAAAAGUGUCAAGAUCCUUGUCCUGGCGCGUGUGGAGCCAACGCGGAAUGUAGGGUUGUCAGCCAUACUCCGAUGUGCAUUUGUGCCGUUGGAUAUACUGGCGAUCCUUUCACUCAGUGCGUACCUUUCCAACAAGAUACGCCCAAGGACCAGACGACGCCUUGCCUCCCCAACCCAUGCGGAGCCAACGCUCAAUGUAGGGAACAAAACGGUGCUGGAGCAUGCACAUGUAUUGAGGAUCAUUUUGGAAACCCUUACGAAGGAUGCCGUCCAGAGUGUGUGCUCAAUUCGGACUGCCCGUCGAACAGGGCUUGCGUUAGGAACAAAUGUCAAGACCCUUGCCCAGGAACCUGUGGUCAGAAUGCUGACUGCCAGGUCGUCAAUCACCUGCCCUCUUGUACCUGUUUCCCCGGAUACGAAGGAGAUCCGUUCCGAUAUUGUAACAUUCAACAAAGAGAACCGGUACAAGAGUAUGUCAAUCCUUGCCAACCGAGUCCCUGUGGUCCCAACAGUCAAUGCCGAGAGGUUAACGGACAGGCCGUUUGCUCGUGUCUGCCCACUUAUGUUGGUUCUCCUCCGGGAUGUCGCCCAGAGUGUGUGGUGAGCUCGGAAUGCGCCCUGGAUAAGGCUUGUGUCAACCAGAAGUGCGUUGAUCCGUGCCCUGGAACGUGCGGAACCAAUGCUAGGUGCAACGUCAAUAACCACAGCCCCAUUUGCUCAUGUCAAUCAGGAUUCACUGGUGACCCGUUCACGAGAUGCUACCCCAUACCACCUCCGGUACAAGAUACUCCGAUCGUUGUAAGGAACCCGUGCGUUCCUUCUCCGUGCGGUCCAAACUCACAGUGCCGUGAUGUAAACGGCUCUCCUUCGUGUUCAUGUCUGAUCAACUACAUUGGAUCUCCGCCUAAUUGUCGCCCAGAGUGUACAAUUAACGCGGAAUGUCCAAGCAAUCAGGCGUGCAUGAACGAGAAGUGUCGGGACCCUUGUCCGGGAUCGUGUGGCAUCAAUGCAAGAUGCAAUGUGAUCAACCAUACUCCCAUUUGUACAUGCGAGGAGGGAUACACUGGAGAUCCUUUCACAAGCUGUCGACCCAUGCCACCACCACCGCCUGAGCCCGUCAAUGAUGAUCCGUGCAAUCCUUCGCCCUGCGGGGCUAAUGCGCAAUGCCAGAACGGUAUUUGCACAUGUUUGCCAGAGUACCAGGGCGAUCCGUACCGAGGCUGCAGGCCAGAGUGCGUCUUGAACUCGGACUGCGCUCGGGAUAGGGCCUGUAUUCGUAGCAAAUGUGUAGAUCCUUGUCCGGGCACGUGCGGUCAAGAUGCACUGUGCGAGGUGAUCAAUCACAUUCCGAUGUGCCGUUGUCCGGAUGGAAUGGCCGGAAAUGCAUUCGUGCAGUGUCGACCGCAGCAAGCACCGGUUGUGACGAACCCAUGCAGUCCAUCGCCUUGCGGUCCUAAUAGCCAGUGUCGCGAAAUCAAUGGACAAGCCGUCUGCUCUUGUGUUCCGGGAUACAUUGGAAGCCCUCCGACGUGUCGUCCGGAGUGUGUUGUGAGCGCUGAAUGUCCUCAGAAUCAAGCGUGUACCAACCAGAAAUGUAGGGAUCCAUGCCCUGGAACAUGUGGAGUAGGGGCCAGGUGCUCGGUUGUGAAUCACAAUCCAAUUUGCAGCUGUCCAGAAAGAUACACAGGCGAUCCGUUCGUACGCUGUCAGCCCAUGAUCGAGCCUCCAGUACAAAUGACCCCCAGCAACCCUUGCCAACCGUCUCCUUGCGGACCAAAUGCACAGUGCCGCGCAGUGGGUGAUUCGCCAUCUUGCACUUGCAUAGAGGGUAUGAUAGGCGCACCACCCAAUUGCCGCCCGGAAUGCAUCAGCAACUCCGAUUGCUCAAACAAUUUAGCAUGCAUACGACAAAAGUGUCAAGAUCCUUGUCCUGGCGCGUGUGGAGCCAACGCGGAAUGUAGGGUUGUCAGCCAUACUCCGAUGUGCAUUUGUGCCGUUGGAUAUACUGGCGAUCCUUUCACUCAGUGCGUACCUUUCCAACAAGAUACGCCCAAGGACCAGACGACGCCUUGCCUCCCCAACCCAUGCGGAGCCAACGCUCAAUGUAGGGAACAAAACGGUGCUGGAGCAUGCACAUGUAUUGAGGAUCAUUUUGGAAACCCUUACGAAGGAUGCCGUCCAGAGUGUGUGCUCAAUUCGGACUGCCCGUCGAACAGGGCUUGCGUUAGGAACAAAUGUCAAGACCCUUGCCCAGGAACCUGUGGUCAGAAUGCUGACUGCCAGGUCGUCAAUCACCUGCCCUCUUGUACCUGUUUCCCCGGAUACGAAGGAGAUCCGUUCCGAUAUUGUAACAUUCAACAAAGAGAACCGGUACAAGAGUAUGUCAAUCCUUGCCAACCGAGUCCCUGUGGUCCCAACAGUCAAUGCCGAGAGGUUAACGGACAGGCCGUUUGCUCGUGUCUGCCCACUUAUGUUGGUUCUCCUCCGGGAUGUCGCCCAGAGUGUGUGGUGAGCUCGGAAUGCGCCCUGGAUAAGGCUUGUGUCAACCAGAAGUGCGUUGAUCCGUGCCCUGGAACGUGCGGAACCAAUGCUAGGUGCAACGUCAAUAACCACAGCCCCAUUUGCUCAUGUCAAUCAGGAUUCACUGGUGACCCGUUCACGAGAUGCUACCCCAUACCACCUCCGGUACAAGAUACUCCGAUCGUUGUAAGGAACCCGUGCGUUCCUUCUCCGUGCGGUCCAAACUCACAGUGCCGUGAUGUAAACGGCUCUCCUUCGUGUUCAUGUCUGAUCAACUACAUUGGAUCUCCGCCUAAUUGUCGCCCAGAGUGUACAAUUAACGCGGAAUGUCCAAGCAAUCAGGCGUGCAUGAACGAGAAGUGUCGGGACCCUUGUCCGGGAUCGUGUGGCAUCAAUGCAAGAUGCAAUGUGAUCAACCAUACUCCCAUUUGUACAUGCGAGGAGGGAUACACUGGAGAUCCUUUCACAAGCUGUCGACCCAUGCCACCACCACCGCCUGAGCCCGUCAAUGAUGAUCCGUGCAAUCCUUCGCCCUGCGGGGCUAAUGCGCAAUGCCAGAACGGUAUUUGCACAUGUUUGCCAGAGUACCAGGGCGAUCCGUACCGAGGCUGCAGGCCAGAGUGCGUCUUGAACUCGGACUGCGCUCGGGAUAGGGCCUGUAUUCGUAGCAAAUGUGUAGAUCCUUGUCCGGGCACGUGCGGUCAAGAUGCACUGUGCGAGGUUAUCAAUCACAUUCCGAUGUGCCGUUGUCCGGAUGGAAUGGCCGGAAAUGCAUUCGUGCAGUGUCGACCGCAGCAAGCACCGGUUGUGACGAACCCAUGCAGUCCAUCGCCUUGCGGUCCUAAUAGCCAGUGUCGCGAAAUCAAUGGACAAGCCGUCUGCUCUUGUGUUCCGGGAUACAUUGGAAGCCCUCCGACGUGUCGUCCGGAGUGUGUUGUGAGCGCUGAAUGUCCUCAGAAUCAAGCGUGUACCAACCAGAAAUGUAGGGAUCCAUGCCCUGGAACAUGUGGAGUAGGGGCCAGGUGCUCGGUUGUGAAUCACAAUCCAAUUUGCAGCUGUCCAGAAAGAUACACAGGCGAUCCGUUCGUACGCUGUCAGCCCAUGAUCGAGCCUCCAGUACAAAUGACCCCCAGCAACCCUUGCCAACCGUCUCCUUGCGGACCAAAUGCACAGUGCCGCGCAGUGGGUGAUUCGCCAUCUUGCACUUGCAUAGAGGGUAUGAUAGGCGCAUCACCCAAUUGCCGCCCGGAAUGCAUCAGCAACUCCGAUUGCUCAAACAAUUUAGCAUGCAUACGACAAAAGUGUCAAGAUCCUUGUCCUGGCGCGUGUGGAGCCAACGCGGAAUGUAGGGUUGUCAGCCAUACUCCGAUGUGCAUUUGUGCCGUUGGAUAUACUGGCGAUCCUUUCACUCAGUGCGUACCUUUCCAACAAGAUACGCCCAAGGACCAGACGACGCCUUGCCUCCCCAACCCAUGCGGAGCCAACGCUCAAUGUAGGGAACAAAACGGUGCUGGAGCAUGCACAUGUAUUGAGGAUCAUUUUGGAAACCCUUACGAAGGAUGCCGUCCAGAGUGUGUGCUCAAUUCGGACUGCCCGUCGAACAGGGCUUGCGUUAGGAACAAAUGUCAAGACCCUUGCCCAGGAACCUGUGGUCAGAAUGCUGACUGCCAGGUCGUCAAUCACCUGCCCUCUUGUACCUGUUUCCCCGGAUACGAAGGAGAUCCGUUCCGAUAUUGUAACAUUCAACAAAGAGAACCGGUACAAGAGUAUGUCAAUCCUUGCCAACCGAGUCCCUGUGGUCCCAACAGUCAAUGCCGAGAGGUUAACGGACAGGCCGUUUGCUCGUGUCUGCCCACUUAUGUUGGUUCUCCUCCGGGAUGUCGCCCAGAGUGUGUGGUGAGCUCGGAAUGCGCCCUGGAUAAGGCUUGUGUCAACCAGAAGUGCGUUGAUCCGUGCCCUGGAACGUGCGGAACCAAUGCUAGGUGCAACGUCAAUAACCACAGCCCCAUUUGCUCAUGUCAAUCAGGAUUCACUGGUGACCCGUUCACGAGAUGCUACCCCAUACCACCUCCGGUACAAGAUACUCCGAUCGUUUUAAGGAACCCGUGCGUUCCUUCUCCGUGCGGUCCAAACUCACAGUGCCGUGAUGUAAACGGCUCUCCUUCGUGUUCAUGUCUGAUCAACUACAUUGGAUCUCCGCCUAAUUGUCGCCCAGAGUGUACAAUUAACGCGGAAUGUCCAAGCAAUCAGGCGUGCAUGAACGAGAAGUGUCGGGACCCUUGUCCGGGAUCGUGUGGCAUCAAUGCAAGAUGCAAUGUGAUCAACCAUACUCCCAUUUGUACAUGCGAGGAGGGAUACACUGGAGAUCCUUUCACAAGCUGUCGACCCAUGCCACCACCACCGCCUGAGCCCGUCAAUGAUGAUCCGUGCAAUCCUUCGCCCUGCGGGGCUAAUGCGCAAUGCCAGAACGGUAUUUGCACAUGUUUGCCAGAGUACCAGGGCGAUCCGUACCGAGGCUGCAGGCCAGAGUGCGUCUUGAACUCGGACUGCGCUCGGGAUAGGGCCUGUAUUCGUAGCAAAUGUGUAGAUCCUUGUCCGGGCACGUGCGGUCAAGAUGCACUGUGCGAGGUGAUCAAUCACAUUCCGAUGUGCCGUUGUCCGGAUGGAAUGGCCGGAAAUGCAUUCGUGCAGUGUCGACCGCAGCAAGCACCGGUUGUGACGAACCCAUGCAGUCCAUCGCCUUGCGGUCCUAAUAGCCAGUGUCGCGAAAUCAAUGGACAAGCCGUCUGCUCUUGUGUUCCGGGAUACAUUGGAAGCCCUCCGACGUGUCGUCCGGAGUGUGUUGUGAGCGCUGAAUGUCCUCAGAAUCAAGCGUGUACCAACCAGAAAUGUAGGGAUCCAUGCCCUGGAACAUGUGGAGUAGGGGCCAGGUGCUCGGUUGUGAAUCACAAUCCAAUUUGCAGCUGUCCAGAAAGAUACACAGGCGAUCCGUUCGUACGCUGUCAGCCCAUGAUCGAGCCUCCAGUACAAAUGACCCCCAGCAACCCUUGCCAACCGUCUCCUUGCGGACCAAAUGCACAGUGCCGCGCAGUGGGUGAUUCGCCAUCUUGCACUUGCAUAGAGGGUAUGAUAGGCGCACCACCCAAUUGCCGCCCGGAAUGCAUCAGCAACUCCGAUUGCUCAAACAAUUUAGCAUGCAUACGACAAAAGUGUCAAGAUCCUUGUCCUGGCGCGUGUGGAGCCAACGCGGAAUGUAGGGUUGUCAGCCAUACUCCGAUGUGCAUUUGUGCCGUUGGAUAUAUUGGCGAUCCUUUCACUCAGUGCGUACCUUUCCAACAAGAUACGCCCAAGGACCAGACGACGCCUUGCCUCCCCAACCCAUGCGGAGCCAACGCUCAAUGUAGGGAACAAAACGGUGCUGGAGCAUGCACAUGUAUUGAGGAUCAUUUUGGAAACCCUUACGAAGGAUGCCGUCCAGAGUGUGUGCUCAAUUCGGACUGCCCGUCGAACAGGGCUUGCGUUAGGAACAAAUGUCAAGACCCUUGCCCAGGAACCUGUGGUCAGAAUGCUGACUGCCAGGUCGUCAAUCACCUGCCCUCUUGUACCUGUUCCCCCGGAUACGAAGGAGAUCCGUUCCGAUAUUGUAACAUUCAACAAAGAGAACCGGUACAAGAGUAUGUCAAUCCUUGCCAACCGAGUCCCUGUGGUCCCAACAGUCAAUGCCGAGAGGUUAACGGACAGGCCGUUUGCUCGUGUCUGCCCACUUAUGUUGGUUCUCCUCCGGGAUGUCGCCCAGAGUGUGUGGUGAGCUCGGAAUGCGCCCUGGAUAAGGCUUGUGUCAACCAGAAGUGCGUUGAUCCGUGCCCUGGAACGUGCGGAACCAAUGCUAGGUGCAACGUCAAUAACCACAGCCCCAUUUGCUCAUGUCAAUCAGGAUUCACUGGUGAUCCGUUCACGAGAUGCUACCCCAUACCACCUCCGGUACAAGAUACUCCGAUCGUUGUAAGGAACCCGUGCGUUCCUUCUCCGUGCGGUCCAAACUCACAGUGCCGUGAUGUAAACGGCUCUCCUUCGUGUUCAUGUCUGAUCAACUACAUUGGAUCUCCGCCUAAUUGUCGCCCAGAGUGUACAAUUAACGCGGAAUGUCCAAGCAAUCAGGCGUGCAUGAACGAGAAGUGUCGGGACCCUUGUCCGGGAUCGUGUGGCAUCAAUGCAAGAUGCAAUGUGAUCAACCAUACUCCCAUUUGUACAUGCGAGGAGGGAUACACUGGAGAUCCUUUCACAAGCUGUCGACCCAUGCCACCACCACCGCCUGAGCCCGUCAAUGAUGAUCCGUGCAAUCCUUCGCCCUGCGGGGCUAAUGCGCAAUGCCAGAACGGUAUUUGCACAUGUUUGCCAGAGUACCAGGGCGAUCCGUACCGAGGCUGCAGGCCAGAGUGCGUCUUGAACUCGGACUGCGCUCGGGAUAGGGCCUGUAUUCGUAGCAAAUGUGUAGAUCCUUGUCCGGGCACGUGCGGUCAAGAUGCACUGUGCGAGGUGAUCAAUCACAUUCCGAUGUGCCGUUGUCCGGAUGGAAUGGCCGGAAAUGCAUUCGUGCAGUGUCGACCGCAGCAAGCACCGAUUGUGACGAACCCAUGCAGUCCAUCGCCUUGCGGUCCUAAUAGCCAGUGUCGCGAAAUCAAUGGACAAGCCGUCUGCUCUUGUGUUCCGGGAUACAUUGGAAGCCCUCCGACGUGUCGUCCGGAGUGUGUUGUGAGCGCUGAAUGUCCUCAGAAUCAAGCGUGUACCAACCAGAAAUGUAGGGAUCCAUGCCCUGGAACAUGUGGAGUAGGGGCCAGGUGCUCGGUUGUGAAUCACAAUCCAAUUUGCAGCUGUCCAGAAAGAUACACAGGCGAUCCGUUCGUACGCUGUCAGCCCAUGAUCGAGCCUCCAGUACAAAUGACCCCCAGCAACCCUUGCCAACCGUCUCCUUGCGGACCAAAUGCACAGUGCCGCGCAGUGGGUGAUUCGCCAUCUUGCACUUGCAUAGAGGGUAUGAUAGGCGCACCACCCAAUUGCCGCCCGGAAUGCAUCAGCAACUCCGAUUGCUCAAACAAUUUAGCAUGCAUACGACAAAAGUGUCAAGAUCCUUGUCCUGGCGCGUGUGGAGCCAACGCGGAAUGUAGGGUUGUCAGCCAUACUCCGAUGUGCAUUUGUGCCGUUGGAUAUACUGGCGAUCCUUUCACUCAGUGCGUACCUUUCCAACAAGAUACGCCCAAGGACCAGACGACGCCUUGCCUCCCCAACCCAUGCGGAGCCAACGCUCAAUGUAGGGAACAAAACGGUGCUGGAGCAUGCACAUGUAUUGAGGAUCAUUUUGGAAACCCUUACGAAGGAUGCCGUCCAGAGUGUGUGCUCAAUUCGGACUGCCCGUCGAACAGGGCUUGCGUUAGGAACAAAUGUCAAGACCCUUGCCCAGGAACCUGUGGUCAGAAUGCUGACUGCCAGGUCGUCAAUCACCUGCCCUCUUGUACCUGUUUCCCCGGAUACGAAGGAGAUCCGUUCCGAUAUUGUAACAUUCAACAAAGAGAACCGGUACAAGAGUAUGUCAAUCCUUGCCAACCGAGUCCCUGUGGUCCCAACAGUCAAUGCCGAGAGGUUAACGGACAGGCCGUUUGCUCGUGUCUGCCCACUUAUGUUGGUUCUCCUCCGGGAUGUCGCCCAGAGUGUGUGGUGAGCUCGGAAUGCGCCCUGGAUAAGGCUUGUGUCAACCAGAAGUGCGUUGAUCCGUGCCCUGGAACGUGCGGAACCAAUGCUAGGUGCAACGUCAAUAACCACAGCCCCAUUUGCUCAUGUCAAUCAGGAUUCACUGGUGAUCCGUUCACGAGAUGCUACCCCAUACCACCUCCGGUACAAGAUACUCCGAUCGUUGUAAGGAACCCGUGCGUUCCUUCUCCGUGCGGUCCAAACUCACAGUGCCGUGAUGUAAACGGCUCUCCUUCGUGUUCAUGUCUGAUCAACUACAUUGGAUCUCCGCCUAAUUGUCGCCCAGAGUGUACAAUUAACGCGGAAUGUCCAAGCAAUCAGGCGUGCAUGAACGAGAAGUGUCGGGACCCUUGUCCGGGAUCGUGUGGCAUCAAUGCAAGAUGCAAUGUGAUCAACCAUACUCCCAUUUGUACAUGCGAGGAGGGAUACACUGGAGAUCCUUUCACAAGCUGUCGACCCAUGCCACCACCACCGCCUGAGCCCGUCAAUGAUGAUCCGUGCAAUCCUUCGCCCUGCGGGGCUAAUGCGCAAUGCCAGAACGGUAUUUGCACAUGUUUGCCAGAGUACCAGGGCGAUCCGUACCGAGGCUGCAGGCCAGAGUGCGUCUUGAACUCGGACUGCGCUCGGGAUAGGGCCUGUAUUCGUAGCAAAUGUGUAGAUCCUUGUCCGGGCACGUGCGGUCAAGAUGCACUGUGCGAGGUGAUCAAUCACAUUCCGAUGUGCCGUUGUCCGGAUGGAAUGGCCGGAAAUGCAUUCGUGCAGUGUCGACCGCAGCAAGCACCGGUUGUGACGAACCCAUGCAGUCCAUCGCCUUGCGGUCCUAAUAGCCAGUGUCGCGAAAUCAAUGGACAAGCCGUCUGCUCUUGUUUAUCCGGCUAUUUCGGAAGCCCACCCAUGUGCCGUCCGGAAUGCACUGGUAACUCCGAAUGUUUGCUUUCGCUUGCGUGUAUCAAUUUCAAGUGUGCGGAUCCAUGUCCUGGUAGCUGUGGAUUUGCUGCGCGCUGUACAACGGUCAACCACAACCCCAUAUGUACUUGUCCUCCAAAAAUGACCGGCGAUCCGUUCACAAGAUGUUAUGAAAUCGCUGAAAAAUCUCCGCCUCUGAACAUACCCGCCGAUCCAUGCCAACCGUCUCCCUGCGGUCCCAAUGCUCUUUGUGCGAAUAACAACGGUGUACCAUCGUGUAGCUGCCAGCCAGAAAUGGUUGGCUCUCCGCCAAAUUGUCGCCCAGAGUGCACUAGCCACUCGGACUGUUCACGUGUCCAGGCAUGUUCCAAACAAAAAUGUGUUGAUCCGUGUCUGAACGCGUGUGGUUCCGAUGCCAGAUGCCACGUUUCAUUGCAUGUAGCAAACUGUUUCUGUCCGGACGGAUACGAAGGGGACCCGUUCCGCGCAUGUACAUUAAAAAUUACCACGCCGCCGCCACAGGCUGAACCGAGAGAUCCAUGCUAUCCAUCUCCGUGCGGUGUUAAUGCACGUUGCCGACCGGCAAAUGGCGAAACAGCGAUUUGUGAAUGCAUUGAAAACUACUUCGGAAACCCGUACGAAUCUUGUCGACCGGAGUGCGUUGCCAAUGGAGACUGUCAAAAGUCCUUGGCUUGCAUUAACAAUCGCUGCAAGGAUCCAUGCCCUGGCGUAUGUGGCAAGAAUGCAGAAUGUGCCGUAGUUAACCACACUCCCGUCUGCUCGUGUCCCGAUGGAAUGAAGGGCAACGCGUUUGAGCAAUGUUUGCGCGAGGAAGUCACUCCACCGCCAUCAGACCCAUGCUAUCCAUCGCCCUGUGGCCAGAACACGGUGUGCCGUGUAUUCAACGGUAAUGCUGUUUGCGAAUGCUUGCCCGAGUUCAAGGGAAGUCCGUUCGGCCGGGGCUGUUACCCCGAGUGCGUGAUUAACAGCGACUGUCCGAGGGACAGAACGUGCGUCAACAAAAAAUGCGUCGAUCCCUGUCCAGGCGUGUGUGGUUACCGAGCCGAAUGCCACGCGAUCAACAACAGUCCGGUCUGCUCGUGCCCAAGGGACAUGAUCGGUGAUCCGUUCGUCGAGUGCAAGGUUGCACCGCCAAAGGAUCCGUGUAACCCGUCGCCCUGCCGUACCAACGGUAUUUGCCGCGUGGUUGCUGAUCGUGCAGAAUGCCAGUAUCCGGAAUGUAUCAUCAACUCCGACUGUUCCACCAAUCGAGCAUGCUACAAUCAACGGUGCCAGGAUCCUUGCGUCGGUGCAUGUGGUAUCAAUGCGCUGUGUAGUGUAAUCAAUCACUCGCCGGUAUGUUCGUGUCCGGCUCGCCAUGCUGGUUCGCCGUUCGUGCAGUGCGUACCGCAACGCGACGAGCCGCAGCAGCCACAGCCGGAAUGCACUAGCGACGGCCAGUGUACCAAUGACAAAGCGUGCAUCGGUGGACAGUGCCAGAAUCCUUGCACGGUCAGCACAGGACUUUGCACCCAGAACGCCGAGUGUCGCGUGCAGUUCCAUCGUGCGAUUUGCGCUUGCCGCGAAGGGUACACGGGCAAUGCGCAGCUAGCCUGCUACGAGAUCGGAUGCCGCAGCGAUAGCGACUGUCCAGCAACGGAGGCGUGCGUGAACAAGAACUGUAUCGAUCCGUGCCGUCACACACAGUGCGGCCGCAAUGCGUACUGCAAGUCGGACUACAAUCACAAUGCCCGCUGCCACUGCAUGGAUGGAUAUCGGGGCAAUCCUUUGGUCGGUUGCACCAGGCCAGAGUGCACCAGCAACGACGAGUGCCCGUACCACCAGUCAUGCCAGAAUGAGCAGUGCCGUGACCCGUGCAACUGUGCCCCGAACGCACAGUGCAGGGUGGACAACCAUCAGGCCAACUGCCGCUGCCCACCAGGAUACACGGGCGAUCCGCUGUUUUCGUGUGAAAAGAUUCCGGUUCGUGACCCUGCCCAAUGUACGAUGGACGCAGACUGUCCGAGUAAACUGGCAUGCUUCGAAGGCGUGUGCAAGAACCCGUGCACGGAAACGAAACCGUGCGCAGAGCAUGCGGUUUGCACGGUGCAGGACACGCUGCCGCUCCGAACCAUGUACUGCGUCUGCGAGGAAGGUUACGCGGGCGAUGCGGAAAGACAGUGCUUGCCAGUAUCGAAAGAUGAGCCGGGAUGCUACAGUGACGUCGAGUGUGCGCCGACCGAAUCUUGCAGAGCACGAGUUUGUGUGGACGUAUGCAGCGACUACAAUCCUUGCGCAUCGAGCGCGGAAUGCUUGGCGCAAAGCCAUAAGGCCAUCUGCUCCUGCCCUGUCGGUACGGUGGGAGAUCCGUUCCAGAACUGCUACAAGCCGCCGGUUGUGUCGCCCGAAUGUGUCGUCGAUGCCGAUUGCUCAUCGAGCAUGGCAUGCGUCAACGAACGGUGCCAGGAUCCGUGCGCCGGCAGCAAUCCGUGCGGAGGCAACGCAGAGUGUCGUGCCGUCUAUCACCGACCGCACUGCACCUGUCCCAUCGGAUGGGGUGGAGAUCCAAAGACGCAAUGUUACAAGCCGGAAUGUAAGAUCGACGCGGAGUGUCCGUUCGAUAAGGCAUGUUUCAACGAGAAGUGCAUCAGUCCGUGCACGUACGGUGCUACUCAGUGCGGCCGUGGGGCUGACUGUGUGGCCCAAAGCCACCGGGCAGUGUGCAUUUGUCCGCCGGGCACGCAGGGCAAUCCGUUCGUAUCGUGCGUCACGGGAAUGUGUCAGUACAACGAGGAUUGUGCCGAGCACGAGGCGUGCGACCGUUUGAACCGCGUCUGCCGCCCGGUGUGCGACGACGAAACGUGCGCUCGUACCGCCACUUGUGUGGCCAGGAAUCAUCAAGCGAGCUGCGAGUGUGCCCCGGGAAUGCGGGGCAAUCCGUACGUCGAGUGCAUGCGCGAUGUGCCGGAGCCGGAGUGCCGCAUGGACAGUGAGUGCGGUUCGCAGCAGGCCUGCAUACGCAACAGAUGCGUAAACCCCUGCACGGAGCUAACGCCGUGCGCGAGCCAGCAGAAGUGCAGCGUAAUAGACACGCUGCCGCUGCGCACCAUCAUCUGCGCCUGUCAGACGGACAUGCUGAUGGAUCGGUCCGGAAGCUGCAAGCCGAUCGUCAUUGAGGAGUGUCGCUUGGAUAGCGAUUGUGCCGAUACGGACCGCUGCCUGCGCGGACAGUGCGUCGAGGCGUGCAAGGCCGAUCCGUGCGGCAUCAAUGCGCAGUGUGCUUCCGCGAACCAUCGGGCGCAGUGUACCUGUUCGCCGGGUUAUGUAGGAAAUGCGCACAUCGAGUGUCUGCCGGAACCGCGCGUUACAUCGCCGAAAGAGUGUGCCGCGGAUGACGAUUGUUCGGACGAUCGGGCGUGUUUCAACGAUCGCUGCGUGAACCCGUGCGUAAGUGAUGCUUGCGGACGGGGCGCGCUGUGCCGCACCAGCAACCACAAGGCGGUGUGCAACUGUCCAAGUGGAUAUACGAUGGACGGCAAUGGUAACUGUAUACCACCGGCCGGCGAUCUACCACGCUGUCGUUCGAACUCGGACUGUACGCGAAGCGAAACGUGCGUUAACGAGAUAUGCGCCAAUCCGUGCAACUGCGGCCAGAAUGCGGACUGCUUCGUGAAGGACCACUACCCGGUGUGCAGCUGCCGUCCGGGAUAUUCGGGCAACGCGCAAACCGGUUGCUUUAAGCUGGAGUGCCAGGCGAACAGCGAUUGCACCAACGACAAGCAGUGCACGAACGGUGCGUGCGUCGAUCCCUGCCUGUAUCAGAAUCCUUGCGCACUGAACGCGGAAUGCUACGGCGAUCGUCAUCGAGCGGCCUGCCGCUGCCUGCCUGGACUGGAGGGUAAUCCCUUCGAGCGGUGUCGCCGAGUGGAAUGUCACUACGAUGGUGAGUGCGCGAAAACGCUCGCCUGCCAGCAGGAGCAGUGCGUGGAUCCGUGUGCCAAUUCACCGUGCGCCCAGAAUGCGCAAUGCUUCGUGAGCAACCACCAGGCGCAGUGCAAGUGCCCUGAGCAGAUGCCGGAGGGCAAUCCGUACUCGUUCUGCAGACCACGUGCCGUGGAACGCGAGGAGUGCCGUGUGGAUGGCGACUGUCCGAGCCGCAUGGCGUGCAUCGGAAACCGUUGCCUCAACCCGUGCAACGAGCUGCGCCCAUGUGCCGCGUCCGCGCUAUGUACGGUGCAGGACUCGGUGCCAGUGCGCACGAUGGUGUGCGAAUGUCCACCACUGCACGUGCCAGACAGUGCUGGAGAAUGUAGGCGCAUUGUACUGCAGACACCGGUAGGUGUGUGUACGACGGAUUCGGAGUGCUCCGAGCAGGAGGCUUGCAUCAACCGACAGUGUCGCGAUCCGUGCAGCUGCGGAUCGAAUGCGAUCUGCACGAUUAAGAACCAUCGGGCGGUGUGCUCGUGCGAGGACGGCUACGAGGGCAAUCCCAACGUGGCCUGCCGUGCGAUUGGAUGCCGCGUUGAUUCGGAGUGCGAAACCAGCAAGGCGUGCGUGAACGGCAACUGCGUCAACCCGUGUCUCGACCACAACCCGUGCGGUAUCGGGGCGGAAUGCUUCGGGCGGGCGAAUCGGGCCGAAUGUCGCUGUUUGAGCGGCUACCGGGGCAACCCACUGGUGCAGUGCAAUGUGGUCGAGUGCCGCAGCAACAACGACUGCCCGGACGACAAGCAGUGCCGCAACGCGCAGUGCGUCAAUCCGUGCAUCUACGAGAACUCGUGCUCGCCGCGGGCCGAAUGCCGCGCACAGAACCAUCUGGUCGUCUGCCGCUGUCCGGUUGGGCUGGUAGGCAAUCCGUACGUCGACUGCCGGCCGGAAGUGGUGCCAGAGUGCCAGUAUGACACCGACUGCCCGGGCCAUCUGGCCUGCAUCGACAACAAAUGCAUGGAACCGUGCAGUGCGCUAACGCCCUGCAAUCAGCCGGCCCGCUGCGAGGUGGUACCAUCUUCACCGGUGCGCACAAUGCUGUGCACCUGUCCGGACGGCUACGUAAGCAGCGGUAGCGGUACUUGCAAGCCGGUUGUGAAGGCGGGCUGCAUCUCCGACUCGGACUGCUCGAGCGACACGGCCUGCAUCAACAGCAUCUGCCGCGACCCGUGCAACUGUGGCCCGAACGCGGAGUGUCGCGUGAAAGACCACAAACCGGUCUGCUCGUGCGCCCAGGGCUACGAUGGUGAUCCGGAGACGCAGUGCAUCAAGAUCGAGUGCCGAUCCGAUAGCGACUGCUCGGGGCAGCACACGUGCUACAACCGACAGUGCGUACCGGCCUGCUCGAUGGAAAGCUGCGGCACGCAGGCGGAGUGUAUCGGCGUGAACCAUCGUGCCGUGUGUGAGUGUGUGCCGGGCUACGAGGGCAAUCCGAAGGUGGCAUGCAAACUGAUCGGCUGCCGCCGGGAUUCGGACUGCCCGCUGGACAAGGCGUGCAUCAACGGCCAGUGCGGUAAUCCGUGCGAGCUGCAGGCAGUGUGCGCCCAGAACGAGCAGUGCCAGGUGUACCAGCAUCGGCCGGAGUGUGCUUGCCCGCCACCGUUCGAAAACGACCCGUUGCAGGGUUGCGUGCUGCGCGACGAUCGCUGCAUGACGGACGGUGAGUGUCCAUCGCAGACGGCGUGCAUACAGGGCGAAUGCGUUAACCCGUGCAACGUGACGGAACCGUGCGGCGUGAACUCGAACUGCAAGGUGCUGGACACGCUGCCGGUGCGCACGAUGAUAUGCGAAUGUCUGCCAGGAUACCAGGGCAAUGCGGCGAUACAGUGCGACAAGAUGGCGCUAUGUCCUACAGACCGUGGGUUCGUGCGUAACUCGAACGGGGAAUGUGUUUGCCCGCCAGGGUACGGACUCUCGCUGUACGACGACUGUCAGCCGUGUCGCGAAGAGGAUGGACUCAAGGUGGACGAGACGGGCCGGUGCGUUUGUGCGCUGGAGCGAGGGCUCAUCAUCGACGAGCGUGGUCGCUGUAUCUGUCCAAUCGAGUACGGCUACCGGUUGACCAGCCGGGGCGAAUGCGUACGCAGUGAGAAGCCCGAAUGUGAACGGGACGAACACUGCGCCGAUUGGCGGUACUGUAAUCUUGAGUCCAAGACGUGCGAUGAUCCUUGCCAGCGGAAGAUCUGCGGUACCAAUGCGCUGUGCAAUGCCACGAACCAUCAAGCAGUGUGUCAGUGCAUUACGGGAUACACUGGCAAUCCAGAGGAACAUUGCAAUCAAACAACCAACUUCCGCACAGACUUCCCGCAGCCCGAGAUGGUAGUGACCUGCCAAGCUGACGGUGUGCAAGUCGUCAUCGAUCUGGCCGAAUCGAACUUCAACGGUGUGCUGUACGUGAAGGGCCACAGCAAGGACGAGGAGUGUCGGCGGGUCGUGAACUUGGCCGGCGACACCUCUUCGGCGCGCACACAGAUAUUCAAGGUACACUUCGGCAGCUGUGGGCUGAUACAUGUCAAUGGCAUCGCGAGCUUUGUCUUGGUCAUCCAGAAGCACCCGAAGCUGGUGACGUACAAGGCACAGGCGUACCACAUCAAGUGUGUCUAUCAAACGGGCGAACAGAACGUUACGCUAGGCUUCAACGUGCAGAUGCUGACGACGGCCGGAACGAUCGCAAACACCGGGCCGCCGCCUACCUGUGCCAUGCGCAUAGUCGCGUUCAAUGGCGAGGAAAUCAAUUCGGCUGAAAUCGGUGACAACUUGCGACUGCAGGUGGAGGUACAGCCAGCAACUAUCUACGGUGGAUUUGCACGCAGUUGCGUAGCCAAGACGAUGGAGGAAAGUGUCGAAAACGAAUACAUCGUCACGGACGAGGACGGCUGUGCGACAGACCCCUCGAUCUUUGGCGAUUGGGAGUACAACGCGGAAACGAACAGCCUGCUGGCGAGCUUCAACGCGUUUAAGUUCCCUUCGAGCGAUAACAUCCGCUUCCAGUGUAACAUUCGGGUCUGCUUCGGCAAGUGCCAACCGGUCAACUGCCAUGGCGCGAAUGCGUACGGUAAGCGCCGUCGACGCCGUGAAGCGCUUGGCAUCGAUAUGAUGAGUACGAUCGAGGUGGUGUACAACCGUACCAAGCGGGCCGCUGACGAUACGGCACUUGCCACGGACGACUCGCUCGGCAUGGAAGGCACCCUGCGGGAGGAAAUUACGAUCCAGUCCAACGCGAUUCUUACGCUAGAGAAGCGCGAAGAACGAUCGUACGACUCGAACAACAUCACACCAGCGGCACAGCGUGUGGAGGACAUUUGUGUAUCGAUGAUUGGGUUGAUAUUGGCGCUGGUGAUUACUGCACUGUUGGCCUUGGUGGCCGUUGCAGUGGCCGUGUCCUGCUGGCUGAUGGCGUAUCGACGACGACCAACAAUCACUGGACCGCUGCCCCACCCGCCCGAAUUCCCCAAUCCACUCUUUGCGCACCAUGAGCCGUCGGAACCGUCGCAUCAUGAUUUCAUGGGAUAGAUCUAGCAAAUCGCGCAAAAAAAAACUAUCACGAAACAAAACACACAAA